GGGGCGAGGGGGCGGCGGCGGCGACCCAGGUCCCUUUCCCGGCUGGAUGGAGGCGCGCCGCUGGCCGGCCUCCCCCGGAAAGGCGCGCCGGCGGAGCCAUGGGCGGCGAGGGCUGGCGAGACUCGCUGGUCUACUACUACUGCCUCAAGUUCGCGCUCUCGGCGUACGCCACCCUCUUCUCGGUAGGUGACUCGGCGCCGGGCUCCGGGCGGCUCUCGCCCUCCUCCUCCUCCUCCUCCUCCUCCUCCUCCGCCUCGUGGCUCCCCGGGGCCGCUCAGCGCCGCGCCGGGCGGGGACCAAGCCCAGCCCUUUGUCUCGGGCAGGCCGCUCCUCCAUUGCAGCCUGCAGCGCGCGGGGGGGGGGGGGCGGCUUUGCUGUAUAUGCGCCCCCCGCCGCCGCCGCCGCCGCCUCUCUUCCCCCGGGGGUUUGGCUUCUGGACUCUGCAUCUUCCAGCCUCGUGUUUGCGGGCCUCUGGCGCCGCUGCUCCCCCCUCGGCCCCCCCCGUGUGGGAGCGGAAGAGAAGAAGCGGCCUUAGAUCGCCCGCAGCCAGUGCCUUCCCACGGCCGGCUUGGAAGCCGCGUUGAUUUUCUCUGUUCUUUAGAAUUAUAUACUGUUGGAUUGUUUUGCAGACAAGAAUAAAACGAUGACAUUAUUGGUAGAAACAGUUAACAGCCAUUGGAAACAUUGAUAAAAGAUCAAAAUCAGCAAUAAAUUGAAGCAGAACUAUGUCCACGUUCUGUGUUAUUGGCGAAACCCCCUCCUGCCAUGAAGCUCCCUUCGGGCCAGUCACUCCCUGCCCACCUCACAGGGCUGUUGUGAGGAUAAAAUGGGGAGGAGGAGAAUUAUGUAUCACCAGUUUGAGCUCUUUAUGAGAAAGAUAUAAACAGGAAUGUUUUUGGCGGCUGCAUUUACACGACAUUAGCCACAACCCAGAAGGAUCCUGUUGCUUCUUGGAAAAUAUUGCUGCCUGAUGUGGUUUCUCCUCAAACCCCCCCCCCAAAAAAACCAGGUGCAAUCUAACUAGAAAACUGUAUGUGGAAUAAGCAGCAAUCUGAACACACCCUAACAGCUGUCCUGCUUAUGCAGAUGAUUGCUUAUUGAAUAGGAUUGCGGGGGGGGGGGGGCAUUGCAAGGGCAGGGGAACCAAAAAGCUCAUGUGCAUCCAGUGAAUACUUGCCCACCCCUUCUCUGAUGUGAACAGUGCCAUGCAGAUGUGGCUUGAAGCACAGCAGGAGGAAACAACCUCACUGCAUUUCAAGAUGCUGAUGUGAACACCCCAAAGUGGACCAUUGGGUGUGUUUAGCACAUCAUUGUCCACACUCGCUGGAAGUGGCGCUACUUCUAUUCCAGCCCUCCCUGUGAAGUGUAGGCACCUUCUGCAUGCUCUACCUCUGCAUUCUGACCCUUCCUUUAUUAUACACAUAUACACUCAUACCUCGGGAUGAAUACGCUUCAAGUUAAGCAUUUUCGGGUUGCACUCCGCGUGACCCAGAAGUAACAGAGUGCGUUACUUCCGGGUUUCUCUGCUUGUGCAUGCGCAGACACUCAAAAUGAUGUAAUGCGCGGAAGCGGCGAAAUGCCGCCCACGCAGACGCACAGUCGUGUGUUACGUUCACUUCAGGAUGCAAACGGGGCUCCGGAAUAGAUCCCAUUCACAUCCAGAGGUACCACUGUACAGGUGUGUGCAUAUAUUCCUGCAACUCAGGAUAACCCUGCAUGGCCACAAAAAAUGUAUUUUGUAAUAAAUGAGUUACUCUUUGAUCUGCUGGCCACAGUUUCACCCCCUCUACUUACACCUUUUCCCAGCUCAUUAUAUGGAAAGUUGCUCAUUCUUAUUUUUAUUUAUUUAAUGUAUUUUCUAAUUUGCCUUUCAUCACCAUGUGAUAUCAGAGAGGGUACCAUAAUAAAAUGCACCAAUAUAAUCUCCAGUAAAAAUGCAGUUUGGUCAUGACUCAGAUCUCCAGGUCCCCACACAGGGAAACAAAAAACCCCAGUCAAGGCUGGCAGGAAAAAGCUUAGACUGAUUCUUAGGCAGUUGAGCCUCUGACUGAACAUGUGUGCACUUGUGGGAGAACAGCCCCACCUUGCCUAGGGAACUAAUUAAAACAAUGGUGUAACUACCAGUCCCUCUUCAGACAAUACAUAAAUAACUUGUGGAAUUUGCCGCCUUAAGCUGUGUUGAUGGCCACUGGCUUAGAGAGCUUGAAAAAGUUUUAAAAUUCAUGGGACAUUUUGCUAAAAGGAACUGAGUACGGGGCAGUAUCCUGAGUACCAGUUGUUGGGGAAGAACGACAGACUGGCCGAGAAAAUCAUGCCUAACUUUGUGUAUGUUCAGACCAUACUGCAACAUUUGAGUUUUGCUUCACAUAAUGCAAAUCAGAGUGGAGUCCCUAAGGUGGUUGGAUGGUGUCUUGUACACCUCCUUCUGGCAACUGGAGCUAUCAAAGGAGGGGAAAUUUCUUUGCCGAAGAUUUUGGUGAAGAAAGUCCAGGAUCUAAUUUGCACUCGAAUUUUACCAAGGUUUACCCCCAGUCAGAGGUGGAGCUAGCUGCUCCCGCACCUGGAGCGGCAUGCACCUGGGGGUGGGGCUAGCUGCGCGUGGAGGCGGGGCCCGUGGAGGAUGGGAGGCGGGGCCCGUGGAGGCGGGGCGAGCGUCCCAGGGAUGCGGGGGACGAUUCCCAGGGGUGCAGCAACCACUGCUAGCCUCCUGGGCAAGUGGCAAGUGUUGGGGCGGCGAUGUCACCCCCCCUCAGGGAUGGCACCUGGGGCAGGUCACACCCACCGCACCCACCUUUCUCUGCCUCUGCCCCCGGUGUGAGUUCAAUGCCAGGGCCCCAGAAAGGCAUGAUGUAAGGAUAAAUGGCCUCUGAUCAGGUGUGGAGUGCAUUUUUCUCCUCACUGAACAUAAGAAGAGCCUGUUGGAUCAAGCCCAUCUAGUCCAGCAUCCUGUUCUCGUGAUGGCUAACCAGGUACCUGUGGGAAACCCACAAGCAGGAUCCAAGCACUGUCCCCUCUUGUGGUUUUCAGCAACUGCUAUUUGGAAGAAUUACUUCCUCCAUGUGGGAACAGAGCAUAGUCAUCCCGUCUUCAGCCACGGAUAGCCCUUAAAGCCAUUUACGUUACGUUGGUGGCCAUCCAUCCAAGUGAGGUCUGUAGUUUAACUCUGUGCUGCGUGAAGGAGAACUUGGUUGUAUCUGCCCUGAAAUUCCCAACGUUCAGCUUCAUUGGAUGUCCACAAUUUCUAGUGUUGCAAGAGUGGAAGCAGAACUUUGCUCUCUCCACUUUCUCCAUGCCAUGCAUAAUUUUAAAAACUUAUUUCAUGUCGCCUCUUACUCACCUUUUCUCUAAAAUGUCCCAAAUGCUUCAACCUUUCUUCAUAGGAGAGUCUUUCCAUCCUCUUCCUCCUUUUGGUUGCCCUUUGCUGAUGGCCCUACAGAUGAGGGCUGCACAUCAGGGAUUACAGAUGGAGAAGGGUCAUGGCUCCCCAUAGGUUUGAGCCCCUGCAUCUGUUCCUCCAUAAAUCAAGAAGUAAUCUGGAUUAUUCCAUAAAUUAACAAGGGAGCACUGGGCUAAAGCACUUGUCCUCUCCUCCUCCUCCUCCUUUGGCGAUCACUCGUAGCCGAGUAAGAUUGUCUUCCAUAAGCACGGUUUUAACAAUGAGUCUGUAAGUGACUGUGGAAGCCAAUUCUGGAUCCACACGUCCUUCCACAGUGGGGACAUCACCUCUUCCUUUGUCUGAUGGGUCUGGUAGGGCUGAAGAGGCAGGGAGGUGACUCUAUCAAGAGGUGCUGAGCAAGCUUGUUUCCUUCAGAAGCUGUUGAGGCUCAUCACCUCCUUGGCUUCUGGACUGGAAGGUGGACCUGCCCUCCCUGCUUUUUUCCUGCUAGUUUAACUGCCCCACCUUUGCAAGGUUGGUGUAAUUCAGGCAGCUUGGAGCCCCCCAGAUGCUUUGGAUUAUGACUCCCAUUACCUCCAGCCACCAUGGGUACAAACUGAGGAAGCGAGCAUUUUGGAAGACGGAUAGGCUAGUCUUUCUCCCUGACCUGCUUGUCUCAUGCAGAUGAGCAUAAGAGCACUAGAAGAGCCCACUCAGGCCAGUGCUCUGUUCCCACAGUCAACCAGAUGCCCAUGGGAUGCCCACAAGCAGAACGUAUCCAAACACGCAUUUGUUCCCCUGCAAACUGAAGUGGUUCAGUCCAGGCACAGAGGUGGCUUCACGCCUGCCGGCUGAUCACAAACUUCAGUUAUAAAUCAGUCCACUGCUGGUUGAGACUGUAAAAACUUUGGAGGUGAGCUGGUAGUGGUAUGUAGAGUAACUGGUGUCGUGCCCUCCUUGUCAAGAAGGCUGCCUCUGAACAUUUCUCUGUAAAUUGCAAGUCUCUUGUUUCUUGCAAGAGUGAGGUAUUCUUCGGAAGCUCGCUGUUCAGUAAAACCAGCUGUAUGCCGUUAUUCAUGUCACUGCUUGAUAUGGAUGGGUGACAAAGAAGCUUUUGUUAAUAGUACAAAGCUUAAUAGUAUGACAGGCUUGUCUGCAUGAACUUCAUGAAAGGAUGCGGGUAAGGAGUGGAACAGAAGCCUUUGAGUAAAUGCUGUACUUCUUUGUGAUCGCUCCUAAUAAUUCUACUUGUACCUUGAGCUUUAGUUGAAUGUUGAAAUCUGCUCCAUGAGGAACGUAUUGCCUCAAGAGAAAAUUCUAUUCCGGUCCCAUUCAAUCUUAUUGAAUCCUUUAGUAGAAGUAAAUGAGAAUGAUGUUGUACCACGGAUACAUGGACCUGCUUCACUGCUUGAUUGGUUACCUGCAGAAGCUAUCUGUACUUCGGAACGUGUCAAGGUGCCUUUUCUCUCUCAGCAGGCUUUGUAAUAUUCACAUUCUGCGACUUCGUGAAUAAUAGAAUGGAUCUGCUUUAUUGGACAAAGUGAUUCUGAGGAUUCAGUGUGGUGAGAAACUGCAACAGAGAAGUAUUUAGAGCCGAGGUGGCUAACUGCUGCUGCUGCUGUUUAGUCGUUUAGUCGUGUCCGACUCUUCGUGACCCCCUGGACCAGAGCACGCCAGGCACUUCUGUCUUCCACUGCCUCCCGCAGUUUGGUCAAACUCAUGCUGGUAGCUUCGAGAACACCAUCCAACCAUCUCGUCCUCUGUCGUCCCCUUCUCCUUGUGCCCUCCAUCUUUCCCAACAUCAGGGUCUUUCCCAGGGAGUCUUCUCCUCUCAGGAGGUGGCCAAAGUAUCGGAGCCUCAGCUUCAGGAUCUGUCCUUCCAGUGAGCACUCAGGGCUGAUUUCCCUAAGAAUGGAUAUGUUUGAUCUUCUUACAAUCCAUGGGACUCUCAAGAGUCUCCUCCAGCACCAUAAUUCAAAAGCAUCAAUUCUUUGGCGAUCAGCCUUCUUUAUGGUCCAGCUCUCACUUCCAUACAUCACUACUGGGAAAACCAUAGCUUAAACUAGACGGACCUUUGUUGGUAAGGUGAUGUCUCUGAUUUUUAAGAUGCUGUCUAGGUUUGUCAGUGCUUUUCUCCCAAGGAGCAGGUGUCUUUUAAUUUCGUGGCUGCUGUCACCAUCUGCAGUGAUCAUGGAGCCCAAGAAAGUAAAAUCUCUCACUGCCUCCAUUUCUUCCCCUUCUGUUUGCCAGGAGCUGAUGGGCCCAGUGGCCAUGAUCUUCGUUUUUUUGAUGUUGAGCUUCAGACCAUAAUUUGUGCUCUCCUCUUUCACCCUCAUUAAAAGGUUCUUUAAUUCCUCCUCACUUUCUGCCAUCAAGGUUGUGUCAUCUGCAUAUCUGAGGUUGUUGAUAUUUCUUCCGGCAAUCUUAAUUCCGUCUUCGGAUUCAUCCAAUCCAGCCUUUCGCAUGAUGAAUUCUGCAUGUAAGUUAAAUAAACAGGGAGGCAAUAUACAGUCUUGUUGUACUCCUUUCCCAAUUUUGAACCAAUCAGUUGUUCCAUUCUGCUGCUGGCCAGUGUUCAAAAAGCAACAAUCUAAAAGUGGGCAUCACCAAAGCGUCUUUGUCCACCCUGUGUCCGCUGUCUCUAGCAUCCACACAUGUAGGCACAAACCCCACACGUGUGUGCGCACACAUGCUCACCACAUAAUGGCAGAAUGCUGUAUUAGCUCUCACAGAAAACAGAGAUGCCAAAUGAACAAACAUCUGUUUUACUGCAGAUUAUCAAACAUUGGCAUGGAAUAGCAUUAAGGGAAGAAAGUUCCACAUAAGCAUCUGAUCAUGUAAACAUGCUCCCUGUUCUGCAGGUGGUUUGCACAGUGGUUUUGAGCAGUUCAGCAUGGUCAGUGGGGCACUGUUGCACAGAGAACUUCAUUUGCAUCCUGUUACCUUGGAACUUCAUUUUCCUGGUGAUUGAAUGUUGUGUGUGUGUGUGCGCACGCGCAGUUGACAGGACAGUGAAAAGGAUCUUUUCGGAGGAUGCGCUGGGUUUUUUGCUUCCCUCUUCUGUUUAAAUAUAAUAAACACAACCAGCAGAAAGUGAAAUAUCUACACUCUAUAAAUUUAAUCAAUUAGUAAAGCAUCUAUAGUCUGAAUAUUGGGCAAAAUCUAAUUUAGCAUUCUGAAACAUUCAGUCAAUAAUGCCUAUAAGUGGACCAGCAAUCCCAAUGGACAUUAACAUUGUUUACAUCUCAUAUAAUCACCCUUAUUAUCAUAGGUACUUUCAGUAAUGGCUUUCCCCCCUAAAAGCUCUAUGUACUUAAGAUGCUUAUCCAUCCAGCAAACCUGUAGGUCAGCAUAUCAUCACCCUCUGUAGAGUUGAGGCUGAGAUGGUUUGCAGUGCUUGAGGCCACCAGUGAAUGGACUUGUGUGAGAGUCCAUUUGUUUCAUAUAACUCACCAUAGGAAUUUUCCAACAGCUCAGGAGCUUUCCUGGCUAUGGCACCAGCUCCGUUUUUACCUCUGUUUCAAUUUUGUCAUUCAAACCACCAGUCAAGAAAUAGCCAAGUGUGUGUUAGCCAAAGCUUCACGGCCAUGGUUGUGCAAUAGGCAAACCAAGGUGGGCAAGAUCUGCUCAGCAGCUUCUGUGGGUGGUGCAGGAUUCUGGUUAUAACAGUGGUUUGUCAGGGUCCAGGUUACAUUGUGGAGGUAACCAGGAGCCACAGAUAAGGGAUCAGGAACAUCAAUCAGAGUCAAAAGUUGGUCAAGUGCACCAUAUUUAACAAACAAGUCUCUGUAGCUGCGAUAUUACCUAAAACCCACACAGCUUGUUCAUGGAGGUGCACCUGUGAAGAAGCCAGCAGCCAAUGUUCUGCUAUCUACUACAGCUGAUGUCUGUUCAGAUGUGCCAGAGGCAACGCUGGCUAGUGCCCAAGCAGAUUCAUAUUGAUUCUCUAUCCCAGCAAACCCAGCGUGAAAAAUGCUUUAAAGCUGUCUGCCUUGCUGGGGUGUGUGUGUGUGUGUGUGUGUGUGUGUGUGUGUGUCCCACUAAGCACGCUGGCCCUGUAAGGCUGGGGAUGCUCAUGCAGGGGCAGUUCCAAAGGCGCAGUUUGUGUAUAUGUAUAUUCGUUUCUGCAUAUAUGGCAUAUAUGGUUCUUGGACAGAACCGUUGCCUAAGAUGUGACUGUGCUGUACGAUUGCUAACUGGUAUGGCAAUGUGGAAGGCUGAACUUAAGAUUGGAAGAAUAAGAAAUUGAAACUGACAUGUUUGCUCAUCCCUAGGAAGGGAUAAGGUUUUAUUCAGGGUGGAUAAAAAUCAAUGAUUUAAAAAAUAAAAAUAAAAAAUAAAAUCAGAUUUUUGUAUUUAAAUCAGAUUUUUAAAAUAAAAUGCUUUUGGAGGGAAAAUCUUUCUAAGGAUAGUUUUCUGUUUAAGUUACAUUAUACUCCAAAGGCUAUUCAUCAGGAAAUAGGGGUUUAUUUUACAUUUUUCAUUUGUGCUAAAACUCAGUCUAAGGUUUGUUUGUUUUUUAAAAAAACCAUUUAACCACAUCACUUAACAAACAUGGAUACAUAUGCUAUAAUGUUUUUGUUUUAGUUAAAUAAAUUGUUUAUAUUGUUAUUAAGGAAUUGAUUAUUUUUCUCCUUCCAACAAAGUACAGCAGAAGAGUUGUCGAAAUACAAACAGUUAACUUAUUAAACCUGACAAUAAUUUCAUAAUUAUCUGUCUAUGUAUUUCUAACAGUAUAGCCAAAUCAGUAAUUUUUGAUAUACCAUAACUGUAAAAACUACUCUGAAAAUUUAUUAUUCCAAAAUGAAACCUCGAUCUGGUUGUAAAUAUUAAGAUUAUACCAACAAGAAUGAGUCUUUCUGUAAAAAAAUGAUUUAAAUCAAGUCUUACUGACUAGUGAUUUAAAUUGUGAUUUAAAUCGAUUUGAUUUAAAUCAAAUCCACCCUGGUUUUAUUAUUAUUAUUAUUAUUAUUAUUAUUAUUAUGGAGGAGAGGAAUGACCCCAUGCAGGGGCUGUGGGAAGGAACUUGCUUGCUUUCUCCUCUUCACAGAUGACUGCUGCCGAUUAUAAUAUAAUGCUGCUUAAUUCUUGGGGAAGACAUCCGAGGAAAACUUUGUGCAGACCUGUAGCAUUCAAGAAGAGGACUUUCCUGUGAGGCAAUGGAUCCACUUGUGCUUGCUGGCAACUUUCAGCUGCAGCAUUUCCAAUGAGUGGAGGUGCCUGGAGAGCAAACCCUCCUGCCCUGGGUCUUAAUUGCUGCUGCUUGAAAGCAAGGAAGGUGGCUAAAGAGCUUCUGAGCGGUUGUCAGGAAAGGCUUUUAAAAACCAUUUGAGAUUGCCAGAGUUAAAUACUGAGGGUGAGGGAGAAUGCAUGUGUGCACAUGUGUAUUCAGAAAGAAAUAGAGGCAAUCCAUCAAACUGGGAAGCUGAGAACGUGGAAAGUUCACUUCACCACCCCCAACCCCGGUCUCAUCUGUACAGAGCUCUGCAAGGUUGGUUUGCAUUUCCUUCAGGAAUGCAGCAAAGCAGCUGUAGUGGCUGCAUAUGUGUUGUGUUGUGGCCUAGAGAUUGAACUGUGAACCAGGAAAUUGCUUGGAAUGGAAGGUAACUGGAGCAAAAGCCGUUUGAACAUAAUUCUACUCUUAACAGCUGUAUCAGCUACAUAUGAGCUACCGCAUUGUAUUAGCUCUGUUGAUAUUAAUGGUCGGAAGCCAUCAAGCUGUUGUUUCCCCACUGACCUAUGAGGCAGGCUGAAAUUCAGCAGAUAUAGCUCUUUUUUCUCACCUUGAGGCAGAAAAGCUUCACCUGCUGAAUCAGCUGCCUGCCAUGCAGCUAGCUAAGAGCAAGAACCCCUGACAGCAAAAAAAUCCAUCUUCUCUUCUCUUCUUUACUCCUCUUCUCCAUCCCUGGCACACAAUGCUUGGUUAUCAUGCAUUUAAAAUUGUAUGUACAGUUUAAUUUUUCUUGAGUGAUUUUCAAUAGCAACUGUGAAGUUUGGGUUAAGUCAACUUUUUAGUGACUUUAACAGUGUUUUUUAAAAAAUGUUCGUAUGAUUCUGAAUUCUGGGCUUUUGGAUAAGCCUUACAGUUGUGUUUUAUUUUUAUUUAUAAAAUUAUUUAUGUGCCACCGUUGGGUGGGCAUAGGCCUCCUAAGAUGGCUGUCAAUAUCAUAGAAACACAACAGAUACAAUCAAAACUUGAGAACAACAAGCAGCAACAUCAACAACUCAGGUUGCUAAACAGGAUGGCUUUCCAGAACCAGGUAGAUGUUGAUUGGUUAAUUCCAUAGACGUUGCCAUUUUGCGACAAGGGAAAUUGAAACCUGCUGCAGGCCUGCAUCUUGUCAUGAAUGUGAUAUAUCUCCUGCCUUGGAAGGCUGCUGCAACUUCUGUUUGCAAUACAUAAAAGAAGAUCUCUGUGCAACUGCUGGGCAAUUAUGGAGGGUUUACUGGCAAACUUUUAUGAGGAGUAGUAUAAUGGAGUGUGUGCCGGGAGAAGCAACAUCUUCCAAAUCGUUCUUCUGACAGCCGAGCACUAAUUAAAUUCACAUCGUAGAAAAGUUCCACUGUAGAAAAUCCAAGGCAGGGAGGAGGUUUGUGGGAAACGAAGCAGGCCAGCCCCAGCUAUGAGCUUCAGAGUCAUUUUCUUCUCGUUGUGUUUUCGUUCGGCCCUCCCUCCAAGGUGCUCCAGAGUGGAUGGGUUGGAGCUCCUCUUCACAUCAGUCUUGCCUUCACAGUGACCCUGUGCAGGAAACGUGGCUGAGGGGGCCUGUCUGUCCCAAGGCCACAUAGUGAGCUUCGUGGCUGAGGUGAGAUGUGAUCCUGGGACUCCCUGGCCCUUGUUGCAUACCCCAGCCUAGACAUCCACAAUCGGAAGUGGAGGCUGCCUUGCCCCAAGGUCACCAGAGCCCCAUGCCAUUUGGUCUGGACUGAGCCAUAAAGUUUUUCCGUUUGCUUUUCCUCGUCCAACCCAAAGCAGCCACCAGACUGAAUGCUUAGUGGAGAUUGAAGUUGAUAUUGAAAUACUUUAUUGUCACUUGCACAACUUGUAUACAAUGAGAUUACACGAGCACCCCCCACUUAGCUCUCUUAGUCUUAAUUCCCCUUGUUUACUUAAUUCCCCUUGUUUACCCACCAAACCCAAAAGUCAGUUGCCCUGUUGUUAUCUUUUCAUUCAGCAGCCUAACAGCCAUGGAUAGAAGCUGUUCUUUACCCUGUUGGUGCGACUAAUCAUGCUUCUGUAUCUUCUGCCUGAGGGCAGGAGAUCAAGAAAGUGCCGGCCAGGGUGUGAUUCAUCCCCAAGAAUUUUCCUCACUCUCAUGAGGCAACAUUCUUCUGCUAUUUCAUCCAGUGGAUUCACGGGACAACGCAUAAUAUCUUGUGCUGUAUUCACCACCCUCUGUAGGCACUUCCUAUCAGUUGAUGUCAAACCAGCGUACCACACCGUGAUGCAGUAUGAAUCUGUUGUGGACCGAUAGAAAGAGAUCAUCAAAUGCUGAUUGACAUCAUUCUUCCGCAAUCCUCUGAGGAGAUGGAGCCUCAGUUGGGCUUUCUUAACUACCUGGGUUGUAUUUAUUUUCCAAGUAAGGUCUUCACUGAGAUAAACUCCUAGGAAUUUCCUCCUCCAACCCAAAGCAGCCACCAGAUUGGACGCUUAGUGGAGAUGUGGCAGAUAGGUGGCUUCUCCAUCUGGCAGCAGCACCCACCCUCAAGCCUAGCAUGGGUCCGAGUUACAGCCAUUGUGGCCUUGUUCAGGUGUUUGCCUGAACACCCGGCAGCUUAAAGUGGGGUGACGGUUUGGGGCCAUGUCUCCCCAACACAUCUGCAUGUCAAGGGUCAUCUUCAGACCUUUGCAUAUUUAGCACAGAAGUCUUCAGGGCCUUCUAGGCACAUUUGGCAUGUAGAAGCUUCCCUGUGGUUCCUGACUUUGAGGAGGCUUCAUGGUUCAUUUUGUGCUGAACAGGUAAAGAGAUAUUUCCAUGCACAAGGGAAUUUGAAUCAUAGAAUUGUGGAGACCACAAGGGCCAUUUAGUCCAACCUCCUGCAGGCAGAUGGCCAUCCAAUUUCUGCUUAAAAACCUCCAAUGAAGGAAAAUCCACCACCUUCCAAGGGAGCCUGUUCCACUGUCAAACAGCUUUUACGAUCAGAACGUUCUUCCUAAUGUUUGGUAGCAAUUUCCUUUCUUGUAAUUUGAAUCCAUUGGUUUGGGUCCUAGCAUCUGCAGCAGCAGAGAACAAGCUUGCUCCAUCUUCCAUGGGACAGCCCUUUAGAUAUUUGAAGAGGCCUAUCAUACUCCAUCUUCUCCAGGCUGAACAUCCCUAACUCCCUCAGUCGCUCCUCAUGAGGCUUGGUUUCCAGACCCUUCAUCAACUUGGUUGCGUUAUAGGGCUAGGCGAUACCUGGUUUUCAAUAUCAUGAUAUAUCACCAGAUAAACGUCACAAUAUUUUGAUAUAUCAUGAUGUUUGAAAUAAGGCUGGAACUAUGUAGAGGUGAAUGUGGUAAUGCCCUGGCAACUGCUCCGGGUCUAACUAAAACCUCUGUAGGAGCUUAGAACUGGUUCACACAUGCAGCAGACUAGGGUGCUAGGAUGGGCUGUGUCAGUUGAGAAGGGAGAAUAAACUUUUGCCAUACAUGGUUUUUUGGGGGGUUUUUUUAAGCCUUGCAGGUAGAAAGGUAGUUUUUAACCCAGCCUCUUCCGUUCUGUGUUAGAUCUCCACUUGCAGGUAGUUCAUAUCUUGUUCUUCUUAAGGGGAAUGUAAAAAAAAUGUAACUUUGCCCAUCUUCCACCUUCAGAUUUAAUUGGUGCAACUUUUUAGAGCAUAUUGUGCUGCAGUUUAUAUAGAUGAGGGCUCAGAGUUCUGAAGGAGACAUUUUUGGGCCUACUUCUUUCAGCAGACCAGGCCGAUCCAUUGCUUCUGAACUUGGCUGCACAUUAGAAUGCAGCUCCCAGCCAGAUUGUGCACUUACCUGGAUUUGCUGUGCACUUUUGGUGUGCAAAAAGGGUGCACACAAAUGUAUAUUUCACAUACACUUUUAUGUGGAAUGUGAAAUGGGCUGGGUGUGUGUGUAUUCAAAAUGCAUACAAGUUAGAUGUAGACUUUCUUUCUUUCUUGUCCUUUAAAAUAAAACUUGCACAGGACAGAUGUAAGGCAGAGCACCAGCAAGGCUGAAAUGGGAUGGAGUUUCUGUGCAGCCACAGUCAUUGCAGAGACAAGAGUCACAUACCACAUCUCAAGGUGUUUUAGUCUAGAGAAAACAUUGUGAGAGAUGCAGAGCAUGUAAAAAAGGCGAAAGAUUUAUACGAUCUGAGGAGAAGCCGGAGUAUUGUCAGAUAGGCUGAGGGAAGUCUAAAAGAUGUAUAUGUUAGAAGUGGAUGUUAAAUAUGGAUGGAAUGUAUAUUGGAAACUGAAUAAAAAUUAUUAUAAAAAAAAAGAGAUGCAGAGCAUGGUGUCUGGUAGCCAAAAUGAGAGAGAGAGAGAGAGAGAAAGUGAAAGCUGCCCAUUUAAUUAGGCAUGGCCAGUUAAUUGCUGCUGCUUGGUCAAAAUAACUGACCUUUUAAAAAUGGAAUUAAUCUGGCAUCUGCUGGGCAGAAGACCAUUUCAUCCUUCCCUGUGGCAUGUUAUGUCGCUAAUUGCUAACUAUGAUUUACUUAGCUGGCUUGUACUUGAAUUAAAACACAGCAGACGUGUGCAGUGCAGCAGAGUAAGGCACAUCUCUCUUCAGAAUGCGCCACGCAGGGAUGUUCUUGUGCUCCUGUAUUAGCCUUGGCAAGGCUGACUUUGAUUGUUUGAUUAUUUGAUUGUUGUUCGCCGCCCUGAGCCUGGCUUUGGCUGGGGAGGGCGGGAUAUAAAUAAAAUUUAUUAUUAUUAUUAUUAUUAUACAAUCAUGGCAGGGAAUGCUGUCAUUUUCUUGCACCUAAUGUCUCUGAAAGAUUCUUCUGCAGAAUUCCAGCUCGUCUGGUGGUCUGUCUUUCUACACCCCUUGCAAGCCAUUUCUAGCCAGGCGGGUAAACGUCAUGGGUGUAGCCAAGGGGGGGGGCAGAGAACAGUUGCCGCCCUAAAUAAAUCAAAAUAUCAACUGAGGUUCUGUCCCCCCCCCAACAAAAAUCCUGGCUACGCCUGUGGUAAACAUCCUGUUUGCAUUUAUUGCAGUGGUUCUGAAAAUGGGCUGUAGCGCCCUCUGGGGAGCAUUGGGAUUGCCUUAGGGGGUGCUAGGAGUAGGCCUGGGUUAUGUGCUGGCUGGACCUGACGGAGUUGUAGUCCAACAAUGUCUAGAGGGCACCACAUUGGCAAAGGCUGCUCUGCUGGUUCAGUUUCUUGUGAGCAGAGAAUACCAGAUAUUUGUGGUGUUACCCUUUUAAUUUAGCAGCAGACGCGUUGAGUAAGCCUGCCGUCAGGAGCCUCCCACCCUUAUUCUCAGGAAUACAGGAAGCUGCCUUAGUCAAUCUCAGUAUUGUCUACACAGCGCAAACCUUCCAACAUUUCUCCAAUGAAAAUAGGGACAUCCGAAGGAAAAGCGGGACAUUCCGGGGUGGCUUCUGUAAAUCUGGGACUGUUCCUGGAAGUUAGGGACACCUGGUGGGUCUGUACUGGCUAGCUGGAGUUCUCCUGGUUUCUCCCAGCCCCACCUGAAGAUGCUGGGGGCUAAAUCUAGGGCCUUUCAUAAGCAGAACAGAUGCUCUCUCACUGCAGACACAGCUUGUAAAAAAACACCCUCUUAUUUCUUCACUGGCCAGAACUCCAUUGUCAAACUGUUUCUUCUUGAGAGGCAGAACUGAUAGUGAGGUGGGACUAGUCCUACUUGGCUACUUGCCUCUGUGGUUGCAUCCAGACAACUGAUUCAUCCACUUUUGUUUGCACAAAAUGUCUGAAGGGGUUAAAGGACAUCCACUGUUUUAUUGAGUAUGCAUCCUGGUUUGUUUUAUGGUGAGCUUCGUGUCCAGCCAUUAUCACCCCACACUUUCCAGUGCACUUUUCUGUCACUCUCCUUCCUGCAAAAUGUUUUGUUUUGUUUGCUUUUGGAAGCAGGUUGGUUGUGCAAGAAAAUCCAUUUCAAUUCCAUUUUGAAAAUCCAUUUCAAAAAAUCCACUUCAAUUGCACAAUGUGCAUUUGUGGGUCCCCUCUGCAAAUACUGACAGCCUACAAGUGUCCUGUGAGCCUCUGAUAGCUAAUCUGGUGGCAGACACAUGUUCACAAAGUCUUUAUUGGUGUUGACCUUCCUGGAGCAGAUGAUGUUCCAGGCCUUGUGAAAUUGAACAGGUUUGUUAGAAAUACUAGCCAAAUUGUAUACAAGAUGCUGAGGGAGUGUUGGAAUUUACUUUGAGGUUCUUUCUUGCAGUGCUUGUGGAAGCCUUAGAAAGCUGUUUGUCCAAAGCUCCAUUGCUUUGUUUGUUUCUUUGCUGGAUUAAGAUGGCUGAAAGGCAACCCAUUUGCCCUUCUUCAUUACCACAGUUCAGAGAUGAUAGACAUAAAGUACAUGGUUUUUUGACAGUGCACGGCACUUCAGAGCAAAUUGCCAGUUUCAGGCAGAUGUAUGCAAGUGAAGGAGGCCAAUUGUCGUCCAUCAACUUAAUCGCUAUUGGGAUGAGAGUCGAGAGCAAAUGCUGUAGAUGUAGCAAAUGGAGAAAAGUCUUCCUCCAACGUUCCUGUCUUGAAAAUCUUUUUAUCCAAACUUCUCUCUCUCUCUCUCUCUCUCUCUCUCUCUCUGUGUGUGUGUGUGUGGAUGUGAUGAAUUAAUCAAUUUGUACCUACUUGAGCUUCAUCUCAAUUGAAGAUGAGAAGAAAAGUGUAGUUAAGGUUGAGCUAAAGAAAGCAAGGAAGUAGUGACAUUUCAGAAGGUACAAUGAGGAAGAGAGAGAGUUGGUACAAUCCAGAUGCACUGGGAAGAGAGUUCUAGCUUAUCCAUGAAGGUCUGGUAUUCACCCCAGACACCCCCAGCCCAGUUGCUCUUCUAGCUUCCUGGCCAUCUCAAGAACACCCCACAUGUUGCCUUCUGAGAGCCAAAAUCAAUUGAUAGUAUCUGCCCACCAGAAGAAAAUCCCUUUGCCCUCUUAUGGCACCAUAGUCUUCUUAUAUGGGCUUGGUGCUCAUGAGUGUACCUACAGAGCUACUCCUCUGUGAGCACUAUGAGCCUAGCAGGGCAACAAGAGGGUGGUGGUGGGGUAUUGUGCAUCCCAGCAUUCCUCCCAGGGCUUCAACAGCCAGCCACAAAAAGAUCCAAAAGCCAAGUUCUGUAGAGCAGUUACUAAUCCCAGUGCUAAACACUCAAGGAAGAGUUCAGAGGUCACUGAGGUGGAAACUUAGAACCGUGAUUGUUAAGGAGGUUUUGAUUGUUGCUCAGUUUUCCUAUGUGAACUGCUUUGAGAACUAAUUCUUGAACAGAAAUUUGUGGAACUUGCAUUCUUUCCAUCUACUAUGCCUUUAAGAAAAGUGGACAAAUAUCUGAAGUUCCUAAACACGUCUCCAAUGCUACCAUGCGUCUCAAAACUGGAUUUGUAAGAAUUGAGGCCAGAGUAUGGAUCACCACACUAAAUUACUGGCUAAGACUAUGCUUUGUCCCGUGUGGCCUUGCUCCCUUAACUAUUAAGGACGGUUUCCAAGUGACAUGUAAAUGCACAGUGAUAAAGAUUAUGACAACCCUAGGCUUCACCUUGCAGAUCCUACUCAACAUGGGGUAUGAUGAAGCAAAAAAAAAAUCAUCUUGGCAGCUAUGACAUGCAACUUCCCUCACAUCUGGGAGCCAGGUGAUGGGUACAAACCAGGCAAGCCAUCAUCUACUUCCUGAGUGUGCAUCUGAUUCACUGCUGUGGGAAGCAGAGUGUUGGAUCAAAUGCAUCCUUGAGGGUGACCGUGCCAGGCUUUAGAAUAGCCUUCCCCAACCUGGUGCCCUCCAGAGGUUUUGGACUCUCUCUUCCCAUCUGCCCCAGCCAGCAUCUGGAGGGCACCAGGGAAGGUUGAUUUAGAGCAUCUUCCUGAUAAUUCAGGCUAGGACAAAUGGGUAAGGCACGCGAGAGACAAUUUUUUCAGCUUCAGUUGGUGCCAACAUACAGGGGUAGAUUUAAGCAGACUUGACAGAUGUGCAGGCAACACAUCAGAUUGUAACAAAUUGCUUCAAAAUAUGCCUUAUUCAAGUCAAGAGAGGCCUGUUAUUCCAAUAAUGGUGGCUAUGGUAUAAUUAUUCUUGUAAAUAACAUUUUCUCAAAGAGCAGCUUGAUGUGUAUGAUCUCAGAGGAGUCAGUUCCAUCCAUUCCAAGUUUUCAAACAAUCUUCCUUUUGUAUUCUUGUUAAUGAACAAUUGUAGUUCCAUGCCUUUAAUUGAAAUGGGAUAAUGUUGGUGCUCCCGAUGUAGAGCUUAUCAUAGAGCUCUCUCCAAGGUGCCCAUCCCCAAGCAGGCUGUGUGAGUGUUUUGCAAGCACCUCAAAUUGUUUGCACUCCACUUAAUAUUUCCCAAAUUCAAAAAGUUCUCUCAUUGCUGUAAGUGACUGAGGGUGUCCCAGCACUGCCUUUGCAACUCUGGCACUCCAGGCUCCAAGCCAUUACAAAUUUGAGGGUUUCGGCAAGGGAGACAGAGUAAUCCAGAAAAAGGGACAGAAUGAAAAAUGUGUCACACAUUGUUGAUGAAGCUGAUGACUGUUCCUGAGUGCCAGUUGCAAUAUCCAGGAGCUGGGGAUGUCCUGCCAUCUCUUAAACUGGGCAAUAAUUUUUGCUUUGCUUUUGAGAACUGGGCAGCAGGCGAGCUGUGAAUAUGCCAUGAAUAAGAGUAACGGCUGUAGCCUUUUGGAAGCUAAUUAACUCUUCUUUGUUCAUCUCAAUUUUUUUAUUAAAACAAUUACUUCAUUAACCUUCUGGUUUAUCCUUUUAAAAUAUUUUGUUUCCAACCUUGCUGGAACUCUUCCAUGCUCAAUGUUGCAGCUCCAAUAGGUCAUGCAAAGUGUUGAACAAAAAGCUAGUGCAGAUGCACAUUAAGGCUGCAGGGUUGUUUGGGCGGGUGGGCAGGUUCUCGUUGUGCAGUGUGACUCAGGUUUUACAGGAGAAUGUCCCAGUGCAAACUGCGUUGAAUGAGGUCUCUCCCUCUCUGCUGCUUCCUCUACUCCUGCAGCUGCUUGCCUUAAACAGCUGCUUUCUGGAGCCUCCCUUGCAGGGCCGAUACCAUUGGGAAGGGGGCUUCAUCAGUACUGUAGGGAAAAGGAUUGACACCCCCUUUCCCAUGCAUAAUGGCAUCAGCCCUAAUUGGGUAUCCCUGUUUAGAAACGGGGCAGAGCCUAGAGGCAUUUAAUGGAACUGUGCAUCCAGCUUGACCCAAAAGAUGCUUUGGUACCUAGAACUUCCCAAGUGAGGCACUUUCCUCCUCCUGUGCCCCUCUAUUUUUUUCCCCAGGUGGCCAAGCUAAAAAUGACUUUGAUUCCAGAUAGUUCCCGGUAGCCCAUCCCAGCUAAAUCUCCAUUGUCAGCCCCUGUAGCUUCGAGUUUCAGCCGCACAGUCUCUAGCAUUUAAAAUAUUAAUUCAUGCAACCUAGGGGGGGAAAAGCUUUCCAACAUCUCCCCGAGAUUCCCAAACAGACUGAGAGCGCUGAGGCAACUCGGUGGCACUUCAGGCCCUUUCUGCAACACCAGCUGCUUGUGGUGCUGAGGCAAAAGGCAAAGCAACUGCCAUCUUGUACCCCUAUAGCAGCCAUCUUGGCAGGGUGGGUGCAAGGGAACCUGCAGCGUCUCCGCAGUGGGACCAGGGUUCAGCAUGCCUAGUCGGUCACAUGGGCACCUGCUUCCUCCUCCCUUCAUGAUGUUUCUGAACCAGGGUGGAUAAAAAUCAAUGAUUUUAAAAAAUCAAAAUAAAAAAAUCAGAUUUUUUAAAUUUAAAUCAGAUUUUUUUUUUCAUUUAAAUUGGAUUUUUAAAAUAAAAUGCUUUGGGGGGGGGAAUCUUUCUAAAGAUAGUUUUCUAUUUAAGUUACAUUAUAGUCCAAAGGCUAUUCAUCAGGAAAUAAGGAUUUGUUUUACGUUUUUCAUGUGUGCUAAAACUCAAAGUAUAUUGUUGUUUUUUAAACUGUUUAACCACAUCAGUUAACAAACAUGGAUACAUAUGCUAUAAUGUUAUUGUUUUAGUUAAAUAAAUUGUUUAAAUUGUUAUUAAGGAAAUGAUUAUUUUUCUCCUUCCAAUAAAGUACAGUGGUACCUCGGGUUACAUACGCUUCAGGUUACAUACGCUUCAGGUUACACACUCCGCUAACCCAGAAAUAGUGCUUCAGGUUAAGAAAUUUGCUUCAGGAGAAGAACAGAAAUCGUGCUCCAGCGGCGCGGCAGCAGCAGGAGACCCCAUUAGCUAAAGUGGUGCUUCAGGUUAAGAACAGUUUCAGGUUAAGAACAGACCUCCAGAACGAAUUAAGUACUUAACCCAAGGUACUGUUGGAAUUCUGCCUGGGUCAGAGGAAUGUGCCACAGCGUAGGCACCGGCAGAUAUUCCUGUCGACCUCCCCGCGUCUCCACUCUGCUGAUAAGCAGGCGAGGUCCGGCGAUUCUUCUCAGAUGUAUGAGAGGAACACACCGUUCUUCCUCUCUCCCCUUUGGUGUCCCCAGGGAGGGGAAAGAAGCAGACAGAAAACUAUUUACAUCAUUUAUUUCUGCCUCUUACAUCAGUACAGAGAAUCAUGUCUGCACUCAACAACAGCAAGAAGAAACUCCUCCCAAGUACUUCCAGUACGGGUCAUAUGACACACACACACAGAGCUAACAUCCGGUGCUCAGUACAGAAUGGACUGCCCCUUUGUUCCCAUGGCAACAGUCACAAACAUCCUGCCUGGCUUUCCAGCCACAAGCAGCUGGCUGAGCUGCUAGAGCCUUUGCUUGCUGCAGCAUUGGUGCUUUAUGGUAACAUACCCCCCUAAAGUAUCAAUGUGUGCCGCGAGCAAAGCGUCAUCCAGAGAAGAAAACAAACAGUUGUUAUAUUUAUAACAUUCCCCUGUUGUUUCAGUUCCACCCUUGGAACUACCCGCCACUGGUUUAACCAAUGUACCUCUCUGGUUGUCUGGCUUCCAAGGAAUGAGUGCUUCUGCAUUACCUUGGCUAGCUACCCUCUGUUGUGUCUUUGUCUCUGACGUAGACACUGCUUCAACCUGCUUUGAGUUGUUAACAAUAGCAACACAUGUAACAGCUAAGUUAGCAAACUCUUUUGAGUACCUCUUUGGUGGUACACCCUUUGUAACUCUCUCAGACCUGCGUAUGAGGUUCUGAUCUUCUGUGCUCACUGGUUCAACCUUUGGACUCUGUUGAGAACCAGUAGCAAUCAGUGGUUCUUCCUUCACCUGUGAAGGUCUAUCCAUUGUGUGAGAUUUUCUCUCAAUGACUGUGACAACUGAGCUGUCUGAGUUAUCGCUGUCAUCAUCAGUACUACUGAACUCAAUAAGAUCAAACUCAUCAUCAUCAUCAUCAUCAGAAUCGUUUCCUGUGGGAAAUGUCUGUACUAUCCGCUCUUGCUUUGGAGCACUCUCUAGGAACUUUGUGAGAAUCACCUGACCAGAUUCAGACAAAAUUACUCUGUAGAGACCUUUUUCAUAACCCACAAAAAUGCCUCUGGCAUUCUUUACACCACCUGGAGCUUCUGUUCUCACAUGAGACCCCCCUGUUCCACGCUUCUUGCGAGACUGCAACUUUGUGGUCUAUCCCUUUUCCAUCCAGGAACUUCUGAAACUUCUGUAACAGAAAAAUUUGCUUCUCAUCUGUGAAAAGACAAUCAAUGUUAGCAUCAUGCAUACUUUUAACCUUGUCACAAAACUCCUGAAACUUUUCUAAAGUUUCUUGCGGUUUCUCCAUCAUAUAAACCCAAGAAUAAUUAGUGAAACAAUCCACACACAAAAGGUAAAAUCGUGCACCGCCUCUAGAUGGUUCUAGAGGACCAAUCACAUCAGCAUACACCCGCUGAAAUGCUCUGUUGACCUUCUUCGUCUUAGUCACCUUCCUGGUGCUCACACUGGUCAUGCCUGCAAGAGAGAUUUUGUUAGAAUCAGAAGAAUUACAUUUCAUGUAAUCACUUUGAUCAAAAGUCAACAAAUACAGUCCAUCUUUCUCUUUGGCAGUAAGAAACAGUUCUCCAUCUUUGUAGAUCUUGCAGCUUUUAGCAUCAUAGGACAGUUUCAGUCCUUUCUUUGCAAUCUGCGACACGCUCAGCAGAUUACAUCUCAGUUCUGGAACCAGGUAAACAUUGCUUAUAGUCAAGUUCAGACUCUCAAGAUACACAGUCCCAAUUCCAGUCGCUUCCAGCUCCUGACCGUUGGCCUGUUUCACAGUGAAGCUUUGCUUCUUCAACGUCGAAAAUAGUCCUCUGUGCGGGCACAUGUGAACCGUUGCGCCCGUGUCAAUUAUGAACGAGUUGCCAACAUCUGGCGUGGUUCCUUUCGCCAUCAUAGCCUUUGCAGGUUUCACCUGGCACUUGGAACGGCUUUUGCCUAACGCCUGAGGCUUCGUAGAGCUGCUCUUUGCUCCUCUUGACUGGCGCGGCUUCUUACAGUUCCGCUGUAGAUGCCCAGUCUGUCCACAAUUGUAGCAUCGGACAGCACUUAAUGCUACACCAUGCUCUCCAGUAGCAUCAGCAGUGGGGGAAUUAGAACUCUGUUCUUCCCUCCCCCUGUCUUUUUCUUCCAGUGCAGCAAGUCUGUCGUGUUCAUUCAGGACCACAGCACAAACUCUCUCCGCGGUCAGCUGCGCGGCCGGUAGGGAACCAAGCUGACUGGCAACAACCUUGUAGGUGCGGCUAAGGCUGUUUAUCAUCAUGAAGCAAAACACUUCCUCCUGAAGACGAAAAUUGCGUUCCACCAUCUGUUGACGCAGAAACUUCAUUUCUGUCAGGUGCGCUUGAACAUCUCCAUCAGGCGCAAGUCUCAGAUUGGUCAAUUUCUCAAAAUACAGCAACGCUGAAGAACCAGCAUCUCUCUGAUGCGUUGUACGCAGCGUGUCCCAUACCUCUUUCGCAUUUUCUAAAUGCUGAACAUGCACCAACUGAUCAUCUGAGACACACAGAAUUAUAGCAGUCCUGGCCCUUACAUUCUGUGACUCCCAACCUCUGGUUGGUGCUGCAGGGAUGGGGUUUUCAAUUACAUCAAAAAGCCUCUGAUUCUGCAGCAGGGCCUUCAUCUUUACAGACCAAGAUGAAUAAUUGUCAUUGGUCAAGGGAGGUGGGCAAGGCAAACCUCCCCUUUCUUGGCAUCCAUCUUGAAGCCAAGCCUCCAGCUCACAAUGUCAAACAAACUGUAAAAUCCAACAGUUGUUUUUUCUUUUCUCACGCAGCAAACUGCAAAUUGUUUACGCUCUUUGCACCUGGCAGCUAAACGCAGGCUGCUAUUGAAAAGUCCCUUCCAAGAGCUCGUAAACCUUGUAGCCAAAACAUUCUCUGGUUUUGUUUCGCUUUCCCAGGCUUACACUCAGAGUCCAGCCCCUUUGCCAGUAACUUUCCAGGACCGUUACCUAGCAACAAUGCAUUUCAAUAGGACGUCUUAUCUACCACAAAAAUUUGUGGAAUGCAGGCUUCAGCCUUCAAGCUGCAGGCCUCUUCCUCUCGGAGCUUUUGUUUUCUUUGAAACGCAGCUCCGUGAACCAGGGAAUUAAUCUUCCUGCGUUCACACUUUUAGCCCGAAAUGCAGCAUACCUUGAACUUUGUUGCUCUGGAAAACACCUCUUCUUUCCAUCAGCUGUCUGUGGAGCCUCCGGCUUCUUCAGACGCUUCUAUUCCUCCUUGAAGCAGUGGAGGACAAUCCACCAGCCUCUCAUACAGAUGUCCGAUGAAUCGCAACCAUCCUCUGCUACCAAUGUUGGAAUUCUGCCUGGGUCAGAGGAAUGUGCCACAGCGUAGGCACCGGCAGAUAUUCCUGUCGACCUCCCCGCGUCUCCACUCUGCUGAUAAGCAGGCGAGGUCCGGCGAUUCUUCUCAGAUGUAUGAGAGGAACACACCGUUCUUCCUCUCUCCCCUUUGGUGUCCCCAGGGAGGGAAAGAAGCAGACAGAAAACUAUUUACAUCAUUUAUUUCUGCCUCUUACAUCAGUACAGAGAAUCAUGUCUGCACUCAACAACAGCAAGAAGAAACUCCUCCCAAGUACUUCCAGUACGGGUCAUAUGACACACACACACAGAGCUAACAUCCGGUGCUCAGUACAGAAUGGACUGCCCCUUUGUUCCCAUGGCAACAGUCACAAACAUCCUGCCUGGCUUUCCAGCCACAAGCAGCUGGCUGAGCUGCUAGAGCCUUUGCUUGCUGCAGCAUUGGUGCUUUAUGGUAACAGGUACCACUGUACAGCAGAAAAGUUGUCCAAAUACAAACAGUUAACUUAUUAAACCUCACAAUAAUUUCAUAAUUAUCUGUCUAUGUAUUUCUAGUAUUAUAACCAAAUCAGUAAUUUUUGAUAUAACUGUAAAAACUACUUUGAAAAUUUAUUAUUCCAAAAAUGAAACCUUGAUCUGGUUGUAAAUAUUAAGAAUAUACCAGUAAGAAUGAAUCUUUCUGUAAAGAAAGAAAAGAAAAAGAUUUAAGUCAAGUCUUACUGACUAGUGAUUUAAAUCAAAUCCACCCUGUUCUGAACCUUUUCUCUGCCUCCCUCUCUUGCUCUGUUUAGGCAGGUCAGGAUGUAAGAGGAAGUGGAACUGCGCUGGGCAACAAGAACAGCAAACUUGGCGAUUUUGUCUUGGUUCCAGAACAUGUACCGUUAUGGCUUCCUCACCUUAAAAUGGAAGUUGUAGAGUUGGACAGAGGCAGAUUUAGGGGACCGUGACUGGUUUGGUCACACUGACGCCACAGGGGAUGUCACAACGAUGAUUCAGAAUGGAGCGUGAGAUGCAGGGAGCAGCUAAGUAUGGCAUCACACAGGGGCCGCUGAAAUCUGAGACCCCAAGGUCUGCCACUGAGUUGGAAAAGGUUCGGAAAAGAGCAGCCAAAUGAUUGAGGGUGGAAAGUCUCCCCUAUGAGGAAGGGUUGCAGCCUUUUUGGUUUUUAGGUUUAAAGACAAGGAGAAUAAGGCAGCAUGAUAGAAGUUUAUGAAAUGAUGCAGACAGAGCAAAGUUCUUCUUCCUCUCUCAUAAUGCUAGAACUUGUGGAAACCCAAUGAAGGUGAAUGUUGGAAGAUUUGGGACAGAUAAAAUAGACCUUGCUGAACUAUGGAACUCACUCCCACAGGAGGCAGUGAUGACCACCAACUUAGAUGACUUUAAAAGAGGAUUAGACAAACCUAUGGAGGGCAAAGCUAUCGAUGGCUACUAGCCACAGUGGCUCUGCUCUGCCUCCACAGUCAGACGCAGCGAUGGCCUGAUCCUGCAGACUCUUCUGCUGUUCUUAAUGGCAUCCACUCCCGAAGCCCUGCAACCUUGUGACAGAUGUUUCCCCUUCCUUCCUCUUUGCAGAUCAUUGGCCUCGUGAUAUUGUGCAUUGGCAUCUAUGCCGAAGUGGAAAGGCAGAAGCACCGGACCCUGGAAGGGAUCUUCCUUGCACCAGCGCUGAUUCUCCUCCUCCUCGGUAUAACAAUGUUUGCUGUUUCCUUCAUUGGGAUGGUAGGCUCCCUCCGAGACAACCGGACGCUGCUGAAAACAGUAAGGCUGCUUCCCCCCUUCCUGGAACUCUCCCAGCUCCAAAAUUCAUAGAAUCAUAGAAUUGCAGAGGUGGAAGGGACCCCAAGGGUCAUCCAGUCCAACCCACUGCAGUGCAGGAGUCACAGCUAAAUAAUUAUUGAUGGCCAUCCAACCUCUGCUUAAAAACCUCCAAUGAAGGAGAGUCCACCACUUUCCAUGGGAUUCUGUUCCACUGCCAAACAGCUCUUGCCAUCAGAAACGUCUUCCUAAGAUUCAGUCAGAAUCUGCCUUCUUGUCAUUUGAAUCCGUUGGUUUGGGUCCUCCCCUCUGGAGCAGCAGAAAAUUAGCUGGCACUCUCUCCCAAGUAACAGCCCUUUAGAUAUUUCAUGGUGGCUGUCAUCUCAGUCUGCUCCAGACUAAACAUAUCCAACUCCCUCAACAGUUAGUAGUUCUCGAAGUGUUGAGAAUUUACUACUGCUCCUUCCUUCUGAUAUAUGGCAGUUCUGUGGGCACAGAGAGGGUCUGCAUGGCCCAGGUGUCGACAGGCGCCAAAUGCUCAGACAUUAUUACACCAAUUCUGUUUGUAUAAGAGGCUAUCUGUAUCCUUCCAGGUCCAAUUCAUAGUUCUGCUGGUUACAUUUAUGGCCCCUAACAGUUUGGAGUCAAGUUACUUGAAGGACCACCUUCACCCAUGUUAAACCUGCCAAGAUGGGUGAUGUGGGGAGGGAGGGAGGGAGAAGUCAGGCUGUUGGGCACGAGAGAUUCAGCCUUUUCUGUGGUGGCCCCAUGGCUGUGGAGCGCCUUGCCUCCUCCUUGCUGUUGUUUAAAGGUAAAGGUAAAGGGACCCCUGACCAUUAGGUCCAGUCGUGGCCAACUCUGGGGUUGCGGUGCUCAUCUUGCUUUACUGGCCGAGGGAGCCGGCAUACAGCUUCCGAGUCAUGUGGCCAGCAUGACUAAGCCGCUUCUGGCGAAUCAGAGCAGCACACGGAAAAGGCGUUUACCUUCCCGCCAGAGCGAUACCUAUCUACUUGCACUUUGACGUGCUUUCGAACUGCUAGGUUGGCAGGAGUGCUGUUGUUUAGGUGGGCUCUAACAAUGUUUCUAUUCAUUACUGCUUUUAGCAAAGGUGUGGGAAAAGACAGAACUGGGUUUUGGAAGUGAAAUGUUUUACUGUUGCUAUUUUAUUAUUAUUGUGUUGGUUGCUAUUUUAUAUGGUUUUAUACAUGGGAAGAUUUGGGGUGACAUGUCAUACUCCAAGUAGAUCCACUGUAAUGGGUGGAUUUAAGUAACUUGUGUGAUUGAUUUGAUAUGGUGGACCUCUAAGAUGCCCCAGUUGCUGUGGAAUAUGCAUGCCACCCUAUUCUGUUUGCUUCAGAUAGUUAUUUUGAGAGCCCCAAAUGUGCUGCUAAAUUGCCUCACAACAGGAGCACCUCUAAACGAUGGGAAGCAUCUAUAGGGGUUGCUUCAUUGCCCACGUAAACAUCAUUUGAUGUGAAUCUUAAUUUAUUUUCACUCCAAAUUGCUUUUUGGGUGCAAGGGAUGACUCUUGGAUAAACAUCUGUGGGGUUUCUUAAAUGAUUUUUGCAUAUGAAGUGCAGAGAAAAAUAUUUUAAUUUUAAAGAAAUUUAAUUUCAAGAAUUGGACAGAAUGAGGGCUUCUUUCUCCAUCUCCUCCCUUCUCAUCCUUCAGAACUGUUUUCUGACUCCUCGGGAAGAUAGGGGUGGUCUGGAGAAGAGAGAGAGACUGAAGUUGAUAAAACAAGAAACUUAAUCUCAGGGUGUGGGUUCGAGCCCCACUUUGGGCAAAACAAACCCUGCAUUGCAUGGAGUUAGACUAGAUGACCCUCAUGGUCCCUUCCAACUGUUCUAUUCUUAUGAUUUUUCAGGAAGAACAAGAAGCCCCUCCAGAGUGUUGGGGUUUUUUUUGCGGGUAUAUUCUGCAACUUCUUGUUGAUGCAAUAAUAAUGCAUUAGGGACAAAACAAUUAGUUAGUGGAAUAAUUUCUGAACUGUUCAGUAUACAUCCAGCUCUAUUGCACUUCACCAAUAACUGCAUCAAUAAAAUUUUGCAGAAUACUCACACACACACAAAAAAAACCCCCAGCCUGUAGUGGCUCCAUCUUCUCCCUUCUCAUCCUACAAACUCUUUUCUGGCCCUGUUUGCUUUGCAACAAAGUCCUCCCCCCUUCAAUGGGCUGGGGGCUGCUGCAACUGGAAACCAGGCAGGCCGCCAUAUUCCCCCUGCAAAGUCUCAGCUGGAGCAUGGCUGUUCCAUGUUGAAAUGCUGUUCAGGUGAGACAUUGUGAGGGAACUUGGUGGCUCCUGCCCACUUGAGCCGGGGGCGGGGGCGGGAAUUUUGCUUUAAAGUGAGAAGUGGGAGAGUGCCCCCACGUUUACCAGGAAGCACCCAACCCCCAAACGUUGACUUCUUCCUGUCCUCCCACUCCAUCACCACCAGUGAAAAAGUUGCCCCCAAAUUCCUUCCAUUUUGCCACCAGCAGACGAGGUGAGAGGGCCUUGUUUCCUCAGCCCUAGAAGUAUAAGCCCAGGCAAUGGAGUCUUCUUGCUGGCCUUUCUUCAGAUUGCAGCUGGAGAAAGAUGCUUCCUCCCUCUUCCCAUUCUUAUGGUGUCUUUGUUCUGCAUGCAGGCAUUUCAGAACAACUGGCACACACACACACACACACACACACACCCUUUGGUUUGGCUCCUGUCUGCUCUGUGUAAUAGGAUGUUGAAUGAAACAGCUGGCAGAUGCUUCGUAGUUAAACAACAGGGACAAAAGCAUUUGUCUGGCUGAGGAUGGAAGGGUAGCAUUUCUCAGUGGUCUUUGUGGGAGGUCUUCGGUUUAAUAAAACUGUUUCAUAACCAAGAUAGCGGGUGAUGACAAAUGCCGCUCCAGGGCUAAGUGGCAGAAUUCGGGGCUGUUUUGACACAGUUUGGGAACUGGUGAGCGAAAUCAGACAGAUAGAUGCAGCCUGAUGUUCUUUUGUGGGCAGGUGCAGAUUCCCCCCCCCCCACACGUUACAAUAGCUGUGAGAAAAGGAAGUGCUUCCUUUCUGUCAUUUCCUAUAAGCCUGAAUGAAAACUUACAUGAAGGGUUUAAUAGCUAUUCCCCUCCUCUUCCUCCCCCCAAUCCCUGAAACUGUUACUCUGCAGUUCUGGGAGCUCUCUGUCAAAUUAUAAUUCCAGGAUGCUUUGGUUAGGUGCAGGUGGGGAACCAGGGUAUUCAUAGUUCCAGGUUAUGAAAUGGAUAUGUUUAGGGAAUAGCAAGGCCUUGUGUUUUCAAAAAUGAAACCUGAUGGGGGCAUCAGUGGAUGAUGCUCAACCCUAGAUGUGGUCCUCUCAAAUUAAUUCUGUUCUCAAUUUAUUGUCUUCAUUACACAAGUCUGAUUGUUCUUCUGCUGAGCAGGAUUCUUUUGCCAUGUCAUGGAGACCUCAGCUCUUGCCCUCCCGUAUGUUAUGACUGGAAGAAGGUGAACCCGGAGCAGAGAGGCAAAGGGCACUCUCCAAUGGAUAUUCAGCACCUCUGUAUUUUAGGUUUAUUGAGAGGAGGCAUGGUCCAGAACUCAUUCAGGAACAGCAAAUCCUUCGGGACUCCAUAGGUGGCCUUUGUUUUUGCCGCACAGGGAUUGUGGGGUUGAAGACUUUCUCAAGUGGGAGGUGGCUUUCCCCAGUUGUUUGCUCUGGCUACUGUGAUCGGUGUGGAUUCCACCAGUUAGGACAACUUCCUCUGGACAACAGAGUCCUUCUCUUCCCAGUAUCUUUCUCAUAAGAACAAAAGAAGAGCCUUCUAGAUCAGGCCAGUGGCCCAUCUAGUCUAGCAUCCUGCUCUCACAUUGGACGACCAGAUGCCUGUGAGAAACCAGUAAGCAGGAUUUGACCCCAUGAGCCCUCUUCCCUCUGUGGUUUCCAGCAACUGGGAUUCAGAAGCAGUGCUUCCACCAGCCGUGGAGGCAGAGCCAUCCUGGCUAAUACUCAUCAAUAGCCCUCUCCUUCUCCAUCAAUUUGACUAAUCCUCUUUUAAAGCCAUCUGAGCUAGUGGCCAUUACUGCCUCCUGUGAGAGUGAGUUCCAUAAAUUAGCUCUGUCUCCUGAAUCUUCCAACCUUCAGCUUCAUGUUCACAAAUUCUAGUGUUAACAAGAGAAGGAGAAAAGCUUUUCUGUGUCCACUUUCUCCACGCCAUGCAUAAUUUUAUAAACUUCUUCCGUGUCCCCUCUUUUGACCAUUUGUCCGGAGGAGGAGCAGGCUAGUUCUGAAACCCUGCCCUGAUUUCAGCCCCAGGGUCUAAUACCCACCACUCCUGGUAUAAUGUAGAGUUACUCCACAAGUAUCUGCUGGGUCAGGUCAGUGGCCCGUCAGGUCCAGCAUCCAGUUGUUAUGGCGGCCAACCAGAUGCUCAUGGGAAGCCUGAAAUCAGGACCUGAGUGCAACAGCCCUCUCCUCUUCUGGAGUUUCCAGCAUUCGGAGCACUGUCUGGGUGCUACUUAGUAAACAGGGUGCAUGAAGGGAGCGGAAAACACUGCUGUGGAAAAUAGUUGGAAAGCUUCUCUUGUCACUCAGCAAAUAGUUAAAAUAUGGAACUCGCUCCAGCAGGAGGCAGUGAUGGCCACCAACUUAGGUGGCUUAAAAAGGCGAUGGGGCAAAUUCAUGGAGGAGAGGGCUAUUGAGGGAUACUAGCCACUACAGGUGUACUCUGCCACCAGUGUCAGAGGUAGCAGCGCUUCUGGAUUCCAGUUGCUGGAAACCACAGGAAGGGAGAGCGCUCUUGGGCUUGGGUCCUGCCUGAGGGUUUCACACAGGCAGCUGGUUGGCCAUUGAGAACAGGAUGCUGAACUAGAUGGGUCAUUGGCCUUAUCCAAAUGGCUCACUUUAUGUUCUUAUGGUGAUCUUUCUUGGCUGUUCUGAGUCACAUCUUCUAACAUGUCAGAAAGACCUGAAAGUUUUUGUCAGUUCAAUGACAAAUGUGUGAUAUUCUCUUGCUUGUGUCCACACACACCUCCGGCAGUUUUGAAACUGGUGAGCCAUACUGUGGCUGCAUGAGAGAGGUGAGUGAUCCAUUAGUGGUGAGUGAAGUUACACCUGGCAUCCCUCACACCUAGGUUGUGUUUGGUUAAGGCUAGAUCCACACCUGCCACAUCUCAAACGUGGGCUGUUUUUGAUUAGGCUAAAUCCACUCUCAGUUCCAAACCUUGCAAAUGAAAUGCUGGAAUGCAGUCUCCCAGGGGAGGCUUUCCAUUUCAUCCAGUGUUUUUACAAGAUCUGUUCUGACAUUACAAAAUAAGAUUGAACUUCCAAACUGAAUUUUUUUUAGGGUAUUGCUGUUUCUCCUUUUGUCAGCGCUGCUGGAACAGCCUGAGCAAUUCUAUGAAUGACACUGGCAUUUGUCAUGUUCUCUUUAAUAUUAUAUUCUGUGCCUAUCUGACAAAACUCUUUAAGAUUGCCGUGUCUGGUAUUUCAAUUUUUGGACUACUCAGCUUGGGGUUUUCUUAUAGCAAUAUUAUAGAAGGCAAACAUAUGCAUAUGGUGACGAACGAAAUGCCAGUAGCCACAUCAGUCCUUGUGACAUAUUGAUGCUGAUAGUUUCAUAGAAUUGUAGACUCAAAGGUCAUCUAAUCCAACCCCCUGCAAUGCAGAAAUCACAGCUAAAGAAGCCCUGACAAAUGGCUAUCCAGUCUCUCUUUGAAAACCUCCAGUGAAAGGGAGUCCACCACCUGCUGAGGUUGUCAAUUCCAUUUAUUGUUAGGAUCCAGAGAACAUGAUUGCCUUGUUUGGCCACUCAGUACCCAUGGAUACCAAAUGCGUGAGUGAGUUCUCUAGAACGCUUCCAGAUAGCCCUGCUCCCUAGAUCACCACAAUCCCCUCCACAGCCAGUAUAUGACUGAUGUAGAUCUUGUUUGGUACCCACGCUGCUGAGCAGUUGAAUAUGACUAACACUGCUGAACAAGGACUAGCUCCUGGAAUUUUUGUCAUGUCUAAGACAAACAUCAUUAACAAUAUCUGGCGAUAACCAGCCGUUCCCCUCCCCCACCAACCCCAUCAGCAGCACCUACUUGUAAUUAGGUGAAGUAUUUUGCAUUAUUUGGGAAACGGCUGCUAUCUAUCUCCACUUGCAACAUCCUUGCUCUGCCUUAGGAAGUCCUCCAGACUGCCCAGUCUCUGCAGCAGCAAAAAAAGCCAGUGUGUGAGAGAGUCUGUUUAUUUCAGAAUUUAUGAAUCACUUUGCAUUUAAAGAAUACCUACUGAGUGUACAAAAAUUGGAUAUAAAUCAUACUACAAAUAAUAAACAGUGUUAAAAACGUGAAGUCAACAAUAAUUAAAAGCUGCAGCAUUGAAAUGGACCAAUUGGAGAAGGCCUGGGGUGGUGGGGGGAGAAUAUUGGAGACAUAACACUUUGGGGACUUGCUUCACUUCUAGAAGAACAUCUAGCUGUGAUCUCUGCAUUGCAGGGGGUUGGACUAGAUGACCCUUGGGUCCCUUCCAACACUACAGUUCUUGGCCACCUCAAAACAAAAACACUGCAAUCUCUCUCCCCUUUGAUUAUUUUUGAAUUAAAUUUAUGUUCUCAUUAAAUGAUGAAGAAUGGUCAGGGGUGGGAGGAGGAAACACAGGAGAAAUUUUCAGCAAUGCUAGUGAAAAGUGACCAGCACCAGAUCCCAGGUUUAAAAAAUGCUGAAAAUGUGUUUUGUGCUUUGCAAUUUCUGUGCUGUUGCUUUUCCUUUUUUUUUUUUUUUUUGGUAAGCAAUGCUAUCAGGUUGUUUCACCUCCUGUCUCCUAGCAUCCCUGCUCCACUGUAAGCUGAGUUGUGUUUGUAUACACUGCAAAUCUCUGCUUUCAGUUGUGUUGGGUGGGGCGGACUGGGUUCCUUGAGUUGGUUUUGUUGACAUGCUGUGGAGAUGAUGUGACUGCAUCUCCCGGCAGCCGCAGGAGAGCUGUGUGUGACAUGUUUUGUCACUGUGUUCUUCUGGAGAACUGAUGAGAUGGAAGAUGCUCUUGCUGUUUAGCAGCUGGCAGGCUUCAGGAACUGCCUUGUGUUUGCCUUGCUUGCCUCCAGCUGAUCUUUCUCUUGUGCCCCUUGCGGUCCAGUUGGAGUGAACCAGAUUUGGGAGGAAGGAGGUGUGCCAAGCAGGAGGGGCAGUUUAAUGUAACAAAGGAUGACAGUUUGGGGUUAGGUGGAAAUUUGGUCAGUGAGAAGAAGUGAGGGGAGCAAAUUCUGUGCUAGGGAUCAUUAGGAAAGGUACUGCCAGUAUCAUAAUGUCAUUAUACAAAUCCGUGCUUUAGCUGCACUUGAACAACAGUUCUGGUCACCGCACUGUUGCAGAGUUGGGGAAGUGUUCAGAAAAGGGCAACCAAAAUGAUAAGGAGGGUGGAGCAACUCCCCUGUGAAGAAAGGGUGCAGUGUUUGAGACUUGUUAGUUUAGAGGAAAGGUGAGUAAGAGGUGACAUGAUAGAAGUUUAGAUAAUUAUCAAUGACAUGAGAAAAGUGGAUAGUUGUUCUGCCUCUCUCAUAAUGCUAGAACUCGUGGACAUGGAAUGAAACUGAAUGCUGGAAGAUUCUGGACAGAUAAAAUAAAGUACUUCUUCAUGCAGCCAAUCAGUUUCAGUGUAUCUGAAGAAGUGUGCAUGAACACGAAAGCUUAUACCAAGAACAAACCUAGUUGGUUUCUAAGGUGCUACUUCCACAGGAGACACUGGUGCCCUUCAGCUUGGAAUUAAAAGAGGAUUAGAGUGGUACCUCUGGUUACGUACUUAAUUCAUUCCAGAGGUCCAUUCUUAACCUGAAACUGUUCUUAACCUGAAGCACCACUUUAGCUAAUGGGGCCUCCCACUGCCGCCGCACAAUUUCUGUUCUCAUCCUGAAGCAAAGUUCUUAACCCGAGGUACUAUUUCUGGGUUAGCAGAGUAUGUAACCUGAAGCGUCUGUAACCUGAGGUGCCACUGUAGACAAAUUCAUGGAGGAGAGGGCUCUUGGUGGCUGCUAGCCAGGAUUAUUAUGCUCUGCCCCUGCAGUUAGAGGCAGUAAUGCGUCUGAAUACCAGUAACUGGAAGCCACAAGAGAGGAAGGGAAAGCACUCUUGUUCUCAGGUUCUGCUUGGGAGUUUCCCACAGGCAUCUGACUGGCUACUGAGAGAACAGGGUGCUGAACAAGAUGGCCGAAACCAACAAGCUCUUCUUAUGUUCUUAAGUAACUUCCAUCUCUCUGGGUACGUGUCAAGGCGGCCUCAGCUUCCUCGGGUCUCUUGAUUUAUGAUGCAGGGCAACAGCCUUCACCAACCAGGUUGGUGCCCUUCAGAAGAUUUUGACUCCAGCUCCCACCAGCCCCAGCCAGCAUGGCCUGCACUCAGAGAUGAUGGGAACUGUAGUCCAGCGAUACCCAGAGGGCCCCUAGUUUUCCCACUCCUUCUUUAGAGUUCGCUCUUACUUUGUGUGAAGCAAUCCUUUCCAACACACGGGAGGACAGCGUGAAAAAGCACAAGAUGCUUUUCUUAGUUGAUCUUGUAGUUAAAUCUCAGAGUUGGUUGAUCUUUGUAAAGUCAUGGGAUUGCUCCUCCCUUUUGAGAAUCUGGCUUCUCACAGCAGCACAGUGUCUUGUUCAUAAAUAAUGGAUUUUAGAGUUCCAUUGCUUGUCCUUGGUGUCAGUCUGGUGUGGCCCGCCUCCUUCAUUCUAGCUGGCCUCCAGCUGCAAAUGUGUAAUGAAGGAAAAAAGUGUUCCUCACUCCUUAUUUCAGUGUGGAGAUCUGUGAGAUGCAAAUGGGCAGCAGCCUGCCUCUCUCCCUUCACUCUCAAAUAUUCCUUCUAAAGGCUGCAACAGCCAAGUCAAGUGUAGCAACAGACAAGCCUGACAGAAAUGAGCUGGUGAUAGGCACCUUUUCAAACCUAAAGCACAUCUUGGAGACAGGAUUCUGAUCCUUCAAGGCAGCUGAAAGUAUAAACACCCAUCGUUCUCUGCUUGGUUGUGGAAAGAUCUCACUUCCCUUUCCACAUCCACAUUUGAAUUUGUACCUUAUUGUCAUCAGUCUCAGAUGAUGUCUCUUGGGCUUCUCAUAUUAGUGUUGUUACACAUCACCCCAACCUCCAAGUGGUGAGAGACUCCAGGGGUUACAGGAAUUUACUCAGCUUCAGUUUCCUUGGAUUGAAGUUGUUUUUUCAUGAAGUGAGUGCUGCCAUGUGCUCCUACGGAGGGCAUGAAAGGGAUGUGCGUUUGAGAGAAGAACCUGCCCAAAUUGCUACCCAGUUCUUCAGUGGUGAAUUGAGAAAGUGUGUGUGCGUGUUUCAAGUCAGCCCACUGUUUUGGCCCCCAACUGUGCUUACCAUGUUGAUGGUGGAAAUGGCAGAAAUGGUGUGAUGGAGCCACAUCAAUAGUCUCCCACAAGAAAUGCAACUCCUGCUUAAGGCAGGGUGAGGCUGGCUCUGUGCAAACACACCAGCAGAGCCAUUCCAGCACUCCUGCCAUUAUACCGCUUUAAACAGUCAUGGCUUCCCUCAAAGAAUUCUGGGAGCUGUAGUGUGUUAAGAAUGCUGAGAGUUAUUAGGAAACUCCUAAUUCUGCUCCCCGAGCUACAGUUCCCAGCGUCUGACAACUAACCGUACAUCAAAGGAAACUCUAGGAACCAUAGCUCUGGGAAGGAACUAGGGGUCUCCUGAUGACUCACAGCACCUUUAAACUACAGCUCCCAUAACUCUUUGGGUGAAGCCAUGACUAUUUAAAGUGGCACCAUAUAUGUAUGGUGUGAAUGUGGCCUUAAUUCAGCUUGAGCCUAAUACGUUAAGUCAGUGUAGGUCAUGCCAGAUAACAGCAGGCACUGGGUACUCUGGCAGAUGCUGCUGGUACUCACCCAAGGGGCACCGUGAGGCAUCCUGAGGCCUUCUGAAGACUGGCUGGUCUGGACCUGUUGUUACACCUUCCCCUGGGGAGAGGCUGCCUGUUUUUUCGAGGGACAUUGCUCAGGUCUGCAGCCAUUCAUUCUUGUGGCAGGGGGCAGUGAGGAGUGUAUGGUCAGAGGACUUGAGCAAAGCCCCAGCUAGGCCUGUGCAGGCAUCAUUCAAAACCAGUUUGAAGCCCAUGUCAUGAUAACCGUUUCAUUAUAUUUAACCGGCAAUGAAUUGUGAACAGCCUUCAAAACGCCACAGGGUGGUAUAAUUGCAAGCAAUUUGAGAAGUCCUGUCCCUGUGUGUGCUGAUUGCUGGCUGCCGCCUUCCAAAAACCAUUUUGCCUCCCCCAAAGUGAGACUGGCUGGCUCCUUCCUUCCAACCGGCAGGAAGAAGAAGAGAGCGGGAAGUGCUGAGAUGGACCAUGCUCUGUCACAGCUGGCUCCCUCUGGCUGGCUGGCUGGCUGCCUUCCCUUUCAGCUGCAUUUCCCCUCCCCAAUCCCUCCUGUGGCGGAACAGUGCCAGCUUCAGCACCUCCCCUAAACCACAGUAUUGGUGCUUUAAGAAAGAGUGCUGCCUCUCUGUCUGUGCCUUCCUUCCUUCCUUCCUUCCUUCCUUCCUUCUCCUGGUUGCUCCUUCUCUCCCUCCCUCCUCAGCUGAGGCACCGCAAUCCUGCACGCUGCUGGGAAGGACAGCCCAGCCACCACUCCUUAUUUCAGACAUCAAGAUAUACUGCUGGUAUAUCAUGAUGGUUAGCUGGUGAAAAAUCAUUAUGUUGAAAACCAGGUAUCGCCCAGGCCCAACUUCUGACCUGGAUGGUCCAGGGAUGGGGGAUGGUGGCUCACCAGGCAAAACCUCCCUCCCCCCCCCCCUUCUGAGGCCAGAGAACAUGCCAGGUGGGGAAAGAGUGGCCCCUGUCACUGCCAUAAGCACUUCUUUCCAAGGAGGCAUCAUGAAAUAGUCCAUGGAGUCAACCCUCCUGAAAUUAUGCCCCAAUUUUCAGCAGGGUGAAACAGCCUGCCCUUGAAUUUGACCCAUAUCUGGAGAUUUUGGAGACUGGCACCUUUGUGUACAAAACAAGUACUCCACCACUUUUGAAAAAAGAUAGGAUCUGUAUCUGUUUAGCAAAGAAGCUAGAAUAAAGCAAUUCAAAUUGAGUACACAUAUAAUCAUGUAACAUACAAGUGGUUGCAGGGGGCAAAUAAUAAGUGAGAAGUGCCAAGGUUAAGGGCCUGAAGUCAGUGCAGAGUGAGGUUUGCAAUCUGAGAGGUCAACCUUCUGGGGCACAUUUGCAAACUGAAGGAGCUGUUGUGGGUACCAUGCACACAGGUACAACCAACAAGCACAGAGCGUCUCUCUCUCCCACCCCACCCCACCCUCUCUCUCUCUCUCUCUCUCUCUCUCUCUCACACACACACACACACACACUCAAUCUCUCACACACCCGUCCCACCAAAUCAGACUUGAAAAAAGCUGUAUAUCAUUUACACCAGUUCAGGUCUCUGAGGGCGCUUUUGUGCUUGCAGGGGCCACACGGGUGACCAAUGAGUUAGGCUCCCCUUUGUUGAUGUAUCUGUGAUCCCUUCCUGAGACCCUGGAGAAUUUCUUUUCAUCAGUGGAGGCCGUGCUCGGCAAGAUGGACCAAUGGCAGCUUCGUAUAUGAGUUCCAACAGCCAAAGUGGCAGCAGCAUGUCUGAUUCCCUCCAGCUGAAUGAAGACUGAGCAGUCCAGCUCUCCUCUUGAAAGCAGUGGGUGGAACUGAAGAGGGCAAUCCAUGGCUGUGGGUCUUCCUUGCUGGCACAGAGCCUUUGUUGCCUGUGACUUGACUUGAGAGGGCUAGAAAAGGCAUCCCAAAGCAUUGCCUUGGCUGUCCUCCCCUUAUUGCCUUCUGUUUGCUCUGCAGAUCUCUAGCUGGCUGGUGCUGAUAAUGGCAGUCAUAGCACAAAACAGCCGAAGGGCUUCAGGUUUGGGGAAGGCUGUGGAAUGGGUGCUUUUAAGGUUCCCAGAUGCACACAUUCUGAGUUGAAGACUCUGCAGGGACACUGUAAAAAAUUUACAGAAUCCAUUUAAUAAGUUGAAAAGACCACUUUAAAUGAUAGUGUCAGAAGCCUUCAUGAAGAUCCAAACAGAACAAAACAGCACAGCCUGUAUAAUGGGACAAACUGAACUAGAAAACUUACAAUAUUUACUUUAAAAGAACACCAAUCUAAUCAAGCACCAACAGCAGCAACACAGUGUGACAUUGUGUCUGCCGGAUGUAGAGCACCUUGUACGCAACACCACUAAAGGCAUUGAGUUGCCAACAGCUAAGCCCUCCUCCAGACUCGCAUCUAUUCCUUGUUUUAAUAAAAUGUAUCUUCAGAAAGACUUUGAAGUCCCCUGUAUGUCUCUGUGUCCCCCAACCGCCUUUGCUUCCAUGGUAUCAAACUUCACCCACAAAGGAAUGUGCUGUUCUGAUUUGGCUUUUGCAUGUGCCUACACAGCAAGACAGGCUGGUGCUUGCAGCUCCACAGUGAGCAACUUGCUCCAAUGGAGGCUGGAGGUGAACUGGGGACUGCCAAGGCCCUUCAUCCAGUUUGCUUCUAGCUGAAGGUUCUGUAAAGGGACCAUCCCCUGCUGUUCUUUACACAAAUGCUUUUCCAAGGCUAAGCAACAGCUUCUACUCUCAUAUCAAAAUGUUAUUUGAGCCAUGUUCAGUUGCAUCUCUGACUGACAACAAGCUUCUCUCCCUGUUGCUGAAUUCUUUUCUCCUGUGGUAAACCCAUCCAAGUUAAAUGAAAUUAAAAGCAAGCAGUUAAAUAGUCUCUGGGUUAUUGUGGAAGCAGGCACCACAAAGUGAUUAAUUUUGGCCCCGAACUCGGUGCUGGAACAGUAAUUUAUUGUCGAAUCUGGAACUGAUGGGCUUCUUAAGGAUGGCUGAUGGCAGUUUGUGUUUAAUGGAAUGAGGGAUUUGUUCCUGUUCUCCUGUCCCAUUGAGAAUGUGAUAAAUUGAUAGCUGAACCCUUUAUUAACUAUCUCGUCUGUUUUGAACUUGAGCCAAAUUUCUUUUCCUUACUUAGCAGCUGACGUUAUUGCCAGGCACUUGAGCCAAAUUAAUCCUCCAAGAAGCUCAGUUGAAUUUGGCCCCCUUAGCAAAUAGAAGAUGAUGUCUCUUGUCACAAAAGAAUGCAAAGAUUAGAGGGUUCCAGCCAAAUAUGAAGGUCACGCCAGGAUCACUGUCAAGUGGGGUUGGAGCAAAUAACAAUUAAGAAUCAGCCUAAUGAACAUGUACUCUCUUUACCCUCUUUCUUGGUCCAGCGUUAAGUACAGCUUUCCAGUACAGUCGGAAGUUGAAUGGAAUCCGUUCCGGAAGUCUGUUUGACUUCCAAAACAUUUGGAAACCAGAGCACAGCUGCUGAUUGGCUGCAAGAAGCUCCUGCAGCCAAUUGGAAGCCGCUGAAGCCCUGUCGGACAUUCAGCUUCCAAAAAUAGUUCGCAAACCGGAACAGUCACUUCCGGGCUUGUGGCGUUCAGGAGUCAAAAUGUUCGAGAACUAAGCUGUUCAAAAACCAAGGUAUAACUGUACAUGUUAACAAGCUAUUUUGUUACAGAUACCUUGUUUCCUCAUAACCAUAGUUUGCAAACUCUCUUCAAAACAUGGUUCGGAUCUGUGGCUUUGAGGGGAGCUGUGAUUUGUGAUUGGUGCACAUCAUGCAAUGUGACUCAAUGCCGGAGGAGGGGAAGGAAAAGGAUGAGGGAGUCUGCUUUCAAGACUAGUUCUCAGUUAGUAAACUAUGUCAAGUCCAGGAAGAAGCUGGAGCCCAAGUUAUAGCUAUGGCCUUAUGAAGACAAGAAUGUUUUCAGCUCUCCCUGUUCCGACCAUGAUAAUGCUAGAAUUCAGCUAGUGAAGAGUAAAAGGUUUCCUCAGGCAAAGGCAAUGCAGUUUAAAACAACAUUUGAACCAUAGAAUUGUAGAGUUGGAAGGAACCCUGAUGAUCAUCUAGUCCAGGGGUCAGCAAACUUUUUCAGCAGGGGGCCAGUCAACUGUCCCUUAGACCAUGUGGGAGCUGGACUAUAUUUGGGGGGUGGGGUGGAGAAUGAAUUCCUGUGCCCCGCAAAAAACCCAGAGAUGCAUUCUAAAUAAAAGCACACAUUCUACUUAUGUAAAAACACCUGGCAGGCCCCACAAAUAACCCAGAGAUGCAUUUAAAAUAAAAGGACACAUUCUACUCAUGUAAAAACAUGCUGAUUCCCGGACCAUCCGUGGGCCGGAUUUAGAAGGCCAUUGGGCCGGAUCUACCCCCUGGGCACCUCUGUUUAUAAACCUACAAAGGAGAGUCCACCACCUUCUGCGGGAAACUGUUCCACUGUCAAUCAGCUCUCACUGUCAGAAAGUGUGAUUUUGAAUCCUGAUUCUGUCUUAAGCAGCAUUAGCCGCCCCUCCCAGUUUGGUGUCAUCUGGCAAUUUGGUGCUUCAACAUCUCAUUUUGUGGUUUUAUGUAGGAGGCUUCUUUUCAUUCCACAGCAUGCUGAAUUUGCAGUAAUGGAAAGGUAACUUGGGAGUGCCCUAAUUUAUGUGUUUUGGCUUGUGCUAAUGUUUGCAUUGUCUUAGGAAUGUUAGUCUGAUGUAAGCAGAAGAAAAAUGUGACCAAUUUGGUUUGUCUUAAUCUGUUUAUAUCCAGUUUAUACCCAUCCUGGAUCCCUGCUGGAUCCUUUGCACUGCAACUCCCAGCAACCCCAACCAGGAUGACCAUAGAAUGCUGGGGCUGAUGGCAGUGGCAGUCCUUGGGGGUCUUAAAUUUCAGUGGCACCCUGUGCAGUGCCAAAAUUUGCCCCCUCCACCUCUUGCCUUUCAAUCUGCAUCAUAAUUGCAGUGCCCCUGAGGCUCUGUGCCAGGUGGACCAAAAUGGUUGUGCUCUCCUAAAUCCUCCUCUGCUGGUGGGAGGAUAGAAGCCCCAGGCAUUGCCCGAGACACAAAUAAAAUGAUGUCCCCGCCUGUGCCCAGGAAGGAUUGGGGGGGCAGGGAAGCAACAUGUUUGGGAUGGGUUGACAAGGAUGAAAUAAGAAGGCGGAACCAGUUCCUUCUUGAGGAGUUUAGGGGUGCUGAACCUCUUUUCCUUGGCCUUUGACUCCCACGAUGAGAGCUUUUGCAGCCCAUCAUAUUCCCAUGACUGUAAUCUGUUUUAACGGUUUUUAAUCCUGAAUUUUAAAUUGUUGUAAGAUGCCCUUGUACCUGCUGGUACAGGUUGGGUGGGUGACGAUGAUGAUACAACCCUGUCCUCCAACAUUGCACAGGUGAAAGUGGACCUACCUUCACCCCAGUUUUCAUACCAGGCAUCACUGCCUGAGUCCCUCUCUCUCCUAUUUCACAUUGAUGAAGGCUUGACACUGCGUGCUGAAUUAUCUUAUUCUACUGUCACCUGAUUUAAAAGCCAAGGGUGGGUAGGAGGGGAAAUGUGUGGAGCUGAACUGCCCAGGGGGGAGGGGGGAUGGGAAGAAUGUUCUGUGUCUAGUUCAUAUUUCAGCACAGCCACAGGAUGCCAGGUGGGAGAGCAGAGUCCUGCCAGCUAGGACUGAUGGACAUCCAGUUUGGUGUUGGCCUGACUUAUAGAAGCCGGGGGGGGCGGUAAUUAUUCAUGGUUUUUUGUCACCUCUUAAAGCGUCCGCGACCGGACUAACGGUCAGGGGUACCUUUACCUUUACCUUUAAAGAAAUACAAAAUCCCCUUCUCUUCCCCACCCUUCUCUCUUUUCUGCCUAGUUCUUCUGGGUCCUGCUGGCCAUCUUUAUUACUGAGCUGCUGCUGCUGUGUAUCGAAAUAAUCUUUGAAAAGCAGGUGAGCCUCCCACACAAGUAAUUACAAUGUGUGUUUUGACCCCUUUGGGAGAGACUGGAGAUCGUCUUGUUCAGUGGACUGUGAAUGUUCAGAAGGACUGGCAGGUUUGUUUUUUUACCCAAGUAAUUUUUCUGUGUGUGCAUAACUUAACAGCCAUGCCAGAGCAAUUAGGUGUAUGAUUGAAUGCUGAGCUCUUUUCUCCACACUUUAUUCUCCUCUUCUUUCAGACUUAAAAGAGGAUAAGACAAAUUCAUGGAGGAGAGGGCUACUGGUAGCUACUAGCCAUGAUGGCUACACUCUGCCCUCCACAUUCAGAGGCAGCAGUUCUUCUGAACCCCAGUUGCUGGAAACCCCAGGAGGGGAGAGGGCUCUUGCGCUCAAAUCCUUCUUGCUGGUUUCCCCCAGGCAUCUGGUCAGCCACUGUGAGAAGCGGAUGCUGGACUAGAUGAGCCACUGGCCUGAUCCACCAGACCCUGCUUGUGUUCUUCUCAAGGAGCUUCAGCUUCUCAUGGAUGCAAAGUGUGUAACAAAUACUGAGACCGCAACAAUCACAGGCUGCUUUUCACUCUCAAGUCCUUAAUAAUUCUGUAAUAAUAAUAAUAAUAAUAAUAAUAAUAAUAAUAAUAAUAUAAUAAUAAUAAUAAAUUUUAUUUGUAUCCCGCUCUCCCCAGCCAAAGCCAGGCUCAGAGCGGCUAACAUCAUAUAAAUAAGACAAUAUGCAUAAUACAAUAUACAAUAUGCAAAUAAAAUAACAUUCAACAUUCAGUAAAAUAAUAUAAAAUAAUAUUAAAUAUCAGCAUUUCAAAAUUAAACAGAAAUCCACUCAACAAUUACAAUAAGUAAUUUCUAAACUCCAAUCAAUAAAACAACAGCAAACCACAGUGCACAACAUAAUACAAUACAAAAUGAGAAGCAGAGAUUGGAGGGUGGAGUAAGACAUGUGGAAGGAGGCCUUGCCUGAUGGAGUCUCUCCCCUCACAGUUCUUCCUCCAGGCACAGCUUCCUUAUGAGGAGACCCAGGGCUAGAGGGUGGGGCAAGGCAGGUGGAAAGAGGCCUUGCCUGAUGGAGUCUCCCCCCUCACAGUUCUGUAAAUUACAUGGCUUGUUUUAUAUCUAUUUGCCUAGAGCAGAGGUGAGCACUGAAUAGCAGAAUCUGCAGGUUAGGGUUGUUAGAUUAAUUUGGUCAGAUUCUGGACAUGCUCUCUGGUGCCUAUUUAGGGCGUUAGAUGGUUUUCGUUGUUUUUAGAAGCAUCUUGCCUUUGUAGAAACAGAGGUGCAAGGCACACACUAUUUUGCCAGGUAGACCAGUCUUACUGGUUAGCAUCCCAUUGACACUUUCUCUCCAAUUAAUAUCAUUUAUUUAAAGGUGGUACUUCUCCCCCCACCUUUUAAUUUGCCUUCCAGACCCUAGCUUUCUAACUGAAUUAAAUAAUGUAAAUCUAACCAUUUGGGACGCGGGUGGCGCUGUGGGUUAAACCACAGAGCCUAGGACUUGCUGACGGAAGGUCGGCGGUUCAAAUCCCUGCGACAGGGUGAGCUCCCGUUGCUCGGUCCCUGCUCCUGCCCACCUAGCAGUUUGAAAGCACAUCAAAGUGCAAGUAGAUAAAUAGGUACCGCUCCAGUGGGAAGGUAAACGGCGUUUCCGUGCUCUGCUCUGGUUCACCAGAAGUGGCUUAGUCAUGCUGGCCACAUGACCUGGAAGCUGUAUGCCGGCUCCCUCAGCCAAUAAGGCAAGAUGAGCGCCGCAACCCCAGAGUCGGUCACGACUGGACCUAAUGGUCAGGGGUCCCUUUACCUUUACCUAACCAGCAUUUAUUUAUUUUUAAUGACAAACAUAGUCUCAGAGAGGGGAAGCAGCAGCACUAAGAGCCAGCCCCUCAUAGCUCUAGGUAGCUGACAUAUUUUGUGGCAAACAAGUCCAGGAGUCCAGUGUCUAGCUGCUCUGCUUCAGGUGAGGCAAGCAGUGUGGGAGGGUGCCAGCUCUCUCCUCUGCUCAUGUUCAUGCGCAGACACCCACCAGCUCCUCUUCCCAUGUUCGGAAGCCCCGGCAUGUUGGGAAUACACAUCUAGAAAGGCAGCAAGGAGGGUUUCCCCCAUGCAGAUAGCUACUGGCCACAAUGGCUGUGAUCUGCCUCUGCGGCUGGAGGCAGCAGUGCUUCUGAAUACCAGGUGCCGGAAGCCACAGCAAGUGAGAGGGCUCUUGGGCUCAGAUCUGGUUGGCUGCUGUGAGAAAAGGAUGCUGGACUAGACUGGCCACCGUCCUGAUUCAGCAGACUCAACUUAGGUUCUUGUGUUUUUAAAUCUCAUCCAUCCAGAUUUCUAACCUGUAUUUGCAACUGAGCUUUUUGUGCUGCCCACUGUUCAUGCCUGACUAGGAAACAAAAUGUGUGAUGGCUCUGUUCUCCAGAUGAAUGUAGGAACUGCCAGGGGGAGUCAACUGCUUGGGCAGGAGAUUGACUGUCUUUUUAGAAGGUUGGCAAGGUUGUCAGCUAUGAGACAACUGAAUUUUUUUGUAUGUGGUUUUCCUUUAAGUUAAUGUUGGGGAUUUAAGGGGGGGAAAUACCUGUCAGCCUCAUCUUAGGUAUGGAAGUGUUGAAACUGACAUUUUGUGUUUUGUGUUUGGGAUACAGGGGUUUUUUGGGGGGGGGGGGUCAUAAAAAAAAUAUUCUUUGUGUUUACACCUUGACAUGCCUUCACUUCUCCCUGGCUCUGCCUUCUUUGCUCUGUCAGAUUCCUCUUCUUUGUAUUCACAUUUAUUCUCCAGCUCACCCAACCUCUGUAAUUUUCAUGUCAGAAUUAAUUAGGCCAAGUAAGUUGGUGAGUUUGUGUGUUUAAGCAAAAAAAAACCCCAAACAGCUUCUUUUCAUUAAUAUUUCUCGGGGUUUGUGUCUGGUGGGGCUUUGUCAGAAGUCAGAUGGCAAAUGUUCCUUUAGAAGGUAACUCCUCAGGCAUUAGGGGCUCAGCUUUGAGGGAUGCAGGAACCUUCUGAAGUAUUUGUGAAAUGCAUUUUAGAUUCAAUUACUGCUUAAUUUGAAGCAUCUGCCGUGUCAAAAUAACCCCAAGGGUAUGUUCUCUAGGAAUAUAUGGGAAGAAUCUUUGAUUGCACCCAUCUUGGGUUUUUCUCUAUAUAUGUAUCUUUUUUCUAGUAAACUUUGCUAUGUGCAUAAUUAAAUUUAUCAAAAGCAACUGCUUAAAAAUUGAAAAGCAAUGUCAGUGCCCCACGCAGAGCAGCCUUCCUCCCAACCCUCCUUUUGCUUAUUCAUUUGCAUAUUUUUCUUAAUUUUCAAGGUUGGAUUCAGGACACAAAAUGCAGCACAGGAUCUACAGUGUGUGGAUUUUUACAAAUGUGUUCAUGGAUGUCAUGGAAAGAGGGGGCUCUUUUGCAGAAUCAAGGCUGUUGAAAGAAUGGGGGUGUCUUUUUUUAGAAAAAAAGAUGGUGUCCUUCACAUGAGAACUUUGAGGGACUGAGUUUUAGUUGCUUAGUUGUGCCCAGUUACAGGAGAGACCCUUUGCUUUCUUCAGAGGCACUGUGUCCUGUGACCCAUUUUUCAAACACAAAGGAGACCCCUUCACAAAGGAAAAGCUUUCAGGUGUUUCCGUUUUUGAAGGAAACAGCACCAUAAAUAUAUUGCUCCAGGCCAAAGAGCUUUCCCUGCUUUAAGUUCUUUGGGUGGGGCUCUGGCAUGUUUUGGAAUAUAAGAGCUCAGCUGGGCUUUGGGCUUCAUGGGAACAAGUCCAGCUCUCUGUACUGAGACCUUUCCCAGGUCCUCUGAUGCUGACCCUCGUCAGUGGCAGAAUGGCAGCAGGCUACCUGCCUCUAGUUGUCUGUCCUCGGUUCCAGGCUCUGUUCCCCACAAAUCUCACUGGGCACAUAACAAAGUCUCUGCCUGGUCAGAAGAGGAGCUGUGCUGAGCACUUGCAACUCCAGCACUUGUCCAUUGCCAAGAAUACAUUGUCCAAGAAUACACCCUGAUGGCUUCGGGGCACCAUCUCUGUAAAGGUAAAAGUAAAGGGACCCCUGACCAUUAGGUCCAGUCGUGGCCGACUCUGGGGUUGCAGCGCUCAUCUCGCUUUAUUGGCCAAGGGAGCCGGCGUUCAGCUUCCAGGUCAUGUGGCCAGCAUGACUAAGCCGCUUUUUGGCGAACCAGAGCAGUACAUGGAAACACCGUUUACCUUUCCGCCGGAGCAGUACCUAUUUAUCUACUUGCACUUUGACGUGCUUUCAAACUGCUAGGUUGGCAGGAGCUGGGACCGAGCAAUGGAAGCUCACCCCGUCGUGGGGAUUCAAACCGCUGACCUUCUGAUCAGCAAGCCCUAGGCUCUGUGGUUUAACCCACAGCGCCACCCACGUCCCGUCUCUGUAGAAAGUGCCAAAUCUCUUCCUGUCGUGUUUAUGAAAAUGCUUGUUGUCUAAAAGGUCAAAGAGAAAUGGACCGUGAUUAUUUCAAAGCACUGCCUUUCUAUAGCCAGUACAGUGGUACCAUGGUUUACGAACUUAAUCCGUUCCAGACGGAUUAAACCAAAGCCAUUCUUAAACUAAGGUGCGCUUUCCCUAAUGAGGCCUCCCACCGCCAGGGCCCUUCCACCGUUCGGAUUCCGUUCAUAGACAAGAUAGAGUUUGCUAACCGGAACACUACUUCCGGUUUUGCAGAGUUCAUAUACCGAAUAGUUCGUAAACGGGGCUGUUCUUAAACCAAGGUACCACUGCACUACUGCUUUCUGAGGGUGGGAGUUGUUUAGCAACUGAUGCUCUGACAGCACAUCAUUUGUUGUCCCUGCAAGGGAGAUUGCACCAAGCCUUGCAAUGUUGUGUGAAGGCCUUUCCUUGCUAACCUCCUAUCUGUUGUUGGAGAGCAUUUCUCUCACAUUUGGGACUCUGCUUCUUUCCAGAUGAAUGCAGUUUUCCAUUCCACUGUGCAGGAUGGGAUAAGACACUACUAUGAUGAUUUGGACUUCAAGAAUAUUUUGGACUUUGUCCAGCAAAAGGUAAGUUUUUGUUUUUCUCAGUAUGAGCAUAAAGUAUUGGUGGGUCUGGGUAGGGUGGGGUCUGGGAACCAAGGCUGGUGAGGGAGUUGGGUAUGUUUAGCUGGUGAAGAGGAGACUGGGAGGUGAUAGGAGAGCCACCCUCUGAUUUCUAAAGGGCUGUCACAUUGAAGGAACAAGCUUGUUUUCUGCUGCUCCCCAGAGGGUAGGACCUGAACAACUGGAUUUAAGUUGCAAGAAAGGAGAUUCCAAAUAAACAUUAGGAGAAACUUUCUGACGGCAAUAACUGUUCAACAGUGGAACAGAUGACCUGGGAAGGUGGUGGACUGUCCUUCAUUAGAAGUUUUUAAACAGAGGUUGGAAGGCCAUCUACCAACCUUAGCUAUGUUUCCGUCAUCACAUGAGGUUAGAAUAGAUAACUAAUAACAAUUCUGUUAUUAGCAGGCUGUGUACAAGGUGUUUUGACUGACCUCAGAACAAAUGGAGAUUGACCUGCUGGUUCCUCUAGAGUGGACUGUACAAUCUAGGAUGGAUUCUGACAUUCAUUCUGGGCUCUGAAAUGCUUUCUGCACAUGUAGAGUAUCCAGCACAGGUAUAACAGAGGCGGUGUCAAAUGUUGUGUGGUGAGGCAGGGAUGUGCACAGUUUUCCACUCAUGCUUAGAGGCCUCUAAGCCCAGUGCCAGGUUGUUGUAGUCAACUGUGCACACACCAGGGGUGUAUUAGGUGAACUGGGGACUUCUCUGGGCCCACACUAAGCCUUGCCUUACACUCCGCAUCCAAAUAACAUACAAAAACAUUGUUGGGGGAAUUGCUUGCAAGAUUAUCCACAGAAAUGUAUACAGUAGGAAAGAUGCGCACUAGAAUGCUGACAGGUAUUUCCAAAAGCAUAAAUUGGAAGCUGACAUGGAAAUUCAGGGAACAGACUUAAAAACUGGGGAAAGUAGAAACCAAGAGAAACUGAAAUUGACCGAUUUCUCCAUCCCAACUCCCAGUGACUAUUCCUUCACUCUUUUACAAAGAGAUAAGCCAAUCAAGCAUUUUGGGAGGAAAUGUUCCAGAUUACUCCAACAAUGUUUUUUGCAGCUGCAAAUUGCUGCUGUGUUCAAAACUAAGCAAACAUUAUGCUUUGUUUUGCUCUUGUGUAUAUCAUUAAUUACCACUUGAGUACAUGAUAAAGUUUGACAUCUUCAUCUUUCAUCAGUAGAGCAAAUAUUGUGGAAAAACAAAGUCCUGUGAUUGCCAAUGCAUGUGUGUGUGUGUGUGUGUGUGUGUGUGUGUGUGUUGUUGUUGUUGUUGUUGUUGUUGUUGUUGUUUAGUCGUGUCCGACUCUUCGUGACCCCCUGGACCAGAGCACGCCAGGCACUCCUAUCUUCCACUACCUCCUGCAGUUUGGUCAGACUCAUGUUUGUAGCUUCGAGUACACUGUCCCACCAUCUCGUCCUCUGUCGUCCCCUUCUCCUUGUGCCCUCCAUCUUUCCCAACAUCAGGGUCUUUUCCAGGGGGUCUUCUCUUCUCAUGAGGUGGCCAAAGUACUGGAGCCUCAGCUUCACGAUCUGUCCUUCCAGUGAGCACUCAAGGCCGAUUUCCUUCAGAAUGGAGAGGUUUGAUCUUCUUGCAGUGUGAGGUGUUUCUUCUUUUCAAAUGAGCAGAAUUUGAAUUCUUCCACCUGCCUUGCGCCACCCUCCAGUCUCUGCUUCUCAAUUUGUAUUGUAUAUUUUAUGCACUGUGACUUGCCGUUGUUUUAUUGAUUAUAGUUUAGAAAUUAUUUAUUAUAAUUGUUAAGAGUGGAUUUCUGUUUAAUUUUUUAUAUGCUGAUAUUUAAUAUUAUUCUAUGCUAUUCUAAUGGAUUGUUGAAUAUUUCUUUAUUUGAUAUAAGUUGCUUAUUUUAAAGGUAUGUUUUAUUAUCACCUUUUUGUAUUGGAUUAGAUUGUUAUAAGGUGUACAUUCUUCAUUUCUUCAGCUUGUAAACUGCCUUGGGUAUUGUGAAAUAGAAAGAUGGUAUACAAAUUAAAAGUGAUGAUGAUGAUGAGGUAAUCUGCCUUCCUAAAACAAGGCCGUUUACUAGAAAUCUCAAUUUGCUUCUCAGUAAUCCUUUAAGUGUCACACCACUACUGAAAGAUUUGCACAGGCUACCUGUUAGCUACUGGGCUUAAGUUCAAGGUGCUGGUGUACAAAGCUUGUUACCAGCUUGUUACCUGGAUACCUAGAAGAUUCUCAUGGAAUAAUAGGAUUGCAGAGUUGGAAGAGAACCAAAGGAUCAUCUAGUGCAUGGGUAGGCAAACUAAGGCCUGGGGGCUGGAUCCGGCCCAAUCGCCUUCUAAAUUGUGGGGCCUAGGCAUUCGUUCAUUUUUUCUCUCCAAAAUAUAGUCCGGCCCCCCACAAGGUCUGAGGGACAGUGGACCAGCCCCCUGCUGGAAAAGUUUGCUGACCCCUGCAAUGUAGGAAUAAUCCCUUAUAUACCCAACUGGUCACUGUACUCUGCAGAAGAAAAGGUCCUGCAAAUAACAUCUCAUCAAGAAGUCCAUCAUGUUAUAUUAUGGACUGUGCCUUAGGGGGUGAAGUCAAACCAUUGGAGAGUUAACAGCGCCUGCUCUGGCUGUAAAGACUGAUAUGAGAGAGACGUGUUUUGUCACACCUGGGGUAGGUGAAGGGAUCCAGUUUUGCUGUUACAGAUGCACCAUGGCAUUUCUUCUUUCCGCACCCCUCCCAACAGUUAUUCCUUCUCUGGUCACUGCUGUGGAUACACAACCUGAUCGUCUCCAGGUGCUGCAGUUGUCUGCAAGGGGUUAAUGUUGCCAACCUUCAUGUCAGAUUUGCAGACAUCUUUAUAACUCAGAGUUGGUCUGUGCCUGAAACUAUCUCCCUGUAAAGCCCAUUCUUGGGGAUCCUGCCAUCUUCCUUUCUGUAGACAUGACCAAGCCAGAGUAGACCUCACUGAGACAAGAGUGUGAACGUGCUGGGAAUGUGGGCUUGGGAGAGCACAUCUUUGUUUGAACCUCUGUCCUGCCAUGUGAUACCCCAAUUCUUCCUGACACAGCGCAUGUAGAAGGCAUUGAGGUGUCACUCCUGAGGGUUGGAAGUUGCCCAGGACUCGCUUCCAUAAAGCAGCAUGCUCAUCAGGUAAGCCUGCAAGACCUUCAUCUUGGUAUGGGAUAUUAGCAUCAGAUUCUCCCUUUUGGAGAGGCAAGCCAUUGCCAUAGCAGCCUUGCUAAUAUGCUUGUCCAGCUCAGUAUCGAUGGAGGAGUUGCUGUUUGUGGUGGAGCUACCACCUCAAGCAUGUGGUCAUCAUGCUGAUGCAUGGAGUGCUGGUGCUGUUCUGACCCAGGAUGUUGCUCUACGUAAGGCAGAUUGUAAGGCUGAACUCCAUGCAGGCUUGGGCAAAAUGGUUGAUGAGUCUCUGUACAGCUUCCUCGGAGUGCGCUGUUAUGGCUGUGUCAUCUGCAAAUGUUUUCUCUUAGAUAAGGAUCUGCCACAGUUUUGUUUUGGUGUGGAGACAGGCCAGGUUCCUCCUUGAAUGGAUGUAUACACCAUCUUGAAACUCCCUAUCAUGCUGUCUCUGUUUUCUUUUCAGACUCUCUUGAAGAGAGUUUUUUUUAAGGGGAGAUUUUAUUAUUCCCGUUUGUAUAUGUAUUGGAUUUGAAAUCGGUUUUGUUUUGAUGGUUUUUACUGUUAAAUCAGUUCAGGAUAUUUAAUGGGAAGAGAUUCAUAAAUGAAAUGAAAUAAAUUUUAUUCCACACACACAUUUUCCCUUUAUGAUGCUUAUUCAUUACUUUACAUUCCAAAACUCAUUUCUUAACAAAUCAAAGGAGUGGGGAUGCCUCCUUGCAAAAAAAUAAAUAAUGAGUGGUAGUCAACUAAGAUUUACUCAGAGUAGACCCAUUGAAAUGAAUGGACCUAAUUAAGUCAUAUUCAUUUCAGUGGGUCUACCUGGAGUAAAACCUAUUGAAUACCACCCAUUAUUUUUAAAACUUUGGGUCAGAUUCAAGUAAACUGUUGUGCUAGCAGGAACCAGUGCAAUGAGAUGUUUCAGUCUGGCAAACUGACAUUCUAUCAGUAAUGGAACAAUGGUAAUAGAACGGCAUUCAGUUCUACCCUUUGAAUUGAGUAAACUAUUUUGCUGUAUCUCAUAAAUAUAAACUGCUUUGACAAUAGGUUCACCUCUGGAGCUCUGCAUUUUACAGGAGAAUUUUCCUCGGGAAUAUAAUUGAAAUGCAUCCUUAACACACAACCCAGAUGAUUCUCUUACGGUCCAGCUAGCAGAAUGCAUGUCUCCCUCUGUCUCCUUUUGUGGCUCGUUCUGUUUCAUCUCCAUCUUCCAAACAGCUGGUCACGGCCAUGGCAGCCAUUAAAAACUCAAUGCAGGAAUUUGACAGUGACAACCUAUUUAUAAAAGCCAACUCCAGCAUCCCAUCAUAUUCUGGCAUGUCCAAGGGACAGAAUCCAGAAGUGAGCAGAGUUUGUUAUUUUAACAGGACAUGGACAUGUAAAUGGAGACAGGAGCUGGAGGCAGCCUGGAGUGGGGGAUGGGCUGGUGACAGCAGCACCAUCGGUAUUUACCUUGGCAGUCGCGACAGGGGCUAGCCAAGUCAGACUACUGCGGAGGGAAGUUUGGCCAAGAGUAGGGAGGUUUGGCCAAGAGUAGAAUCUGCUAGGAUUCUGCGGCAGAGAGCAGCCUUCCUCAACUGCUCUCUUGCCUCCAACAUCCCCACAAUGGGAGCCAUGAGUGUCACCUCCCUCUGUGUUCCUGCCACCCUCUCCAACCUUGGCAGAGCCUCUCUCUGGCAUGCCCACUCCAGCACCAUCCUAUCCUGGGAGUAGCUCUGCCUGCCCAGAGGGGGAUGUUUCAAUGGUCCCAGCCACCUCGGGGGGGGGGGGGGAGAGAGAGACUUGUCCUGUCACCUAGGUCGAGAAGGAGUCAAAAGAGAAGGGAACACAAAUGUAGCAGGAGAUUGCAGAAAUGCUUACAGCCUUAAGAAAAGUCCUCCUUGUUCCUGUCUAUAGGAAAGCCAAGGAUUGUGAUAGUGUCAUAUCAACUUUCAGAGCUUGCCAGCUAGAGAACUUGCCUUUGUUGUAGCUGUAUUUAGGAUUACCUCUGAAGGGCUUUAAACCAACCGUUCCCAUGUACCACAGUAAUAUAAGCAUUUAGGCUUUUGGAAAGAACUUUUUGUCUAGUCUUUGUUCUUCGGCAACUGGGAGACAGGACAGUGUGUGGGAGCAAUGGUGGAGGGUGGAGACAAUCUGGUGCUCCCACAGAGGCGCCCAACCCCAGCCCUGCCCCAUCCAGAUAAGAAGCAGCUGCAAUGCCACUGCCAUGAAUCCCGGCUGCUCCUGGCUGAAGAAGACCCUGCUAUUGCCCCAAGACUGCACCAGAAAUUGGAAUAGCAUUGUUCAUCAUGGGAAUCUCCUUGUUGAGAGAUGACUUGGAGAACUGGGCUAGAAGUUGCCUCUAGCUGUCUCAUUUACUUUGGGCGUCUUUCUCCCUUGGUCCCCACAAUUCAUGGGCUUCAUAGUGUUGUUGUUUAGUCAUUUAGUCGUGUCCGACUCUUCGUGACCCCAUGGACCAGAGCACGCCAGGCACUUCUGUCUUCCACUGUCUCCCGCAGUUUGGUCAGGCUCAUGUUUGUAGCUUCGAGAACACUGUCCAACCAUCUCAUCCUCUGUCGUCCCCUUCUUGUGCCCUCCAUCUUUCCCAACAUCAGGGUCUUUUCCAGGGAGUCUUCUCUUCUCAUGAGGUGGCCAAAGUAUUGGAGCCUCAGCUUCAUGAUCUGUCCUUCCAGUGAGCACUCAGGGCUGAUUUCCUUAAGAAUGGAUGCGUUUGAUCUUCUUGCAGUCCAUGGGACUCUCAAGAGUCUCCUCCAGCACCAUAAUUCAAAAGCAUCAAUUCUUUGGCGAUCAGCCUUCUUUAUGGUCCAGCUCUCACUUCCAUAGGAUCCUUCAUGGAUCACUGCCUUGCCGUGGCGAAGGGGCUUGAAUAACUCGGAGAAGCUAUGAGCUAUGCCGUGCAGGGCUUCAUAGUAUGGACUGAUAGCUCAAGGCAGCCUUCCACAUUCAGAGGCAGUGAGCAUUAGAUGCUGUAGAGAACUAACAGGAAGGGUACUUGCCUUUAUGUCCAUAUUAUAAGCUCCCUAGAGGAAUCUGGCAGGCCCUUGUUGGACAUGAAGGAUACCCACCCAGUCUUACCCAGCAGGAUAGCUCGUAUGUUCUUAGUUUCCCAGCUAGCUGGUUUUUCUGGGAUAUUGUUCAGACCACUUCUUAUCUUUUGGACAUUGUGAGAAAGUCCCAUAGUGGCAGCUACUUCUCAGAGGUGUGUGAGUUGCUGUUGGCUAGGAAAUGCUGCAAGUUGGAUCUGGAUGAUACGCUUUUUAAAAUAUGACCUCCUGUUGUUUAGCAGCACUCACUCAGCACAUCCGGGAACACUGGGAAUUAAUCACAGGGCACCAGAUUGGUUUUGGUACCAGAUAUGUGUGGAUCACAGGAGUACUGCAGAAACUCUGGGGCAGAGCAGGCUUCCUAAUUUAAGCUUAGAAAAUGAACAUUUGGGAGAACUGGAAAUUUGGGGACUUUUUAAUUGUGCUUAUUGAUAUGGAACAGCUUAAGCCUUUGAUUAGUUUUCUGUUAAAAGGCUAAUACCUUUACAAUUGCUAUUCAUUUCAGCUUACUCUGCUUAAAUAGAUCCUUUCAUCUAUGGAAGAGAGAUCAUUUUACAAGCUUACUUGUAAGAUAAAUCAAGAUUAUUAUUCUUCUUAUAUCAAUGGGAAAACAUACCCUGAUUUGAAACACAAGGUGCAGGAGCUAAGUCUCAUAGGUAUACAAUCAAUUUUUGCAGGACUUUGUGCAAAUAAUAUACCAAGAUGAGAGUUGUAGCUGAAAAUAUCUGAAAGGCUACAGGUUGGGGUGAGCAGAUUUAUGUCAACAAAAUGAUAUUUGCUUUCCUGUUGAGACUUAAUAUUGAGGAAAAACUGGUCAGGGAUCAAAGUUUAUUUGGGUGUUUGAAAAACCAAGAAGAUAAAGUGCAGAUCUGGAGCCAAAAUUCUCAGGUUCUUGCAGUUCUUAAGAUCAUUCUUUUGCAAAGGAUCUUGGACAUCUUCAGUUCCUUUGACUGAGGAGCCAAGUAUGAAAGGAAAAGACCAAUUUCAAAAGCAAUAAAUAGUACAAAUUAUAGUCCAAUGAGAGAGUGGUUGUCUUGAGUCCAUAAAUCUUCUUGAUUUCUGCUUAUUUUAUCCAGACAGCUUAAUGACUACAAUUUUGGGAGAUGUCUCCCUUGAUGACUGACUUCUUAUCUGCAUAUCAGGCAGACUCCACAGUGCAUGUCCAUAGCAGGCUGAAUUUGAAAUGUCUUUUCUUAUUGAGAGGCAAGGAUUGGGGUGUCAAACACAUCCCUCCUCAUUCCACCCCUAAAUCCAUCUUGUGUCGCUUUUCUGGUUUGUGCUGUAUAAUUCUCCCUUUCAGAGCGUUGUGGGGAUGUCUCCUUGGCUGUGCAGUCUGAGGGAGAGGACAAUAUAACAGACCCCUGAUGACUAGCCUGCAGCCAUUUUAUUUAUUUAAAACAUUUAUCAACCACUUUUUCAGCACUGAUGGUGGGGUACCAUAAUAAAUAAAUAAAAAUUUUAAAUAAAUUCAACAGACUAGUGAGAAGGAGCAAAAAAACAGCAGCAGCACCGCCGCCAACAAAAACCUAAGCAAACCAUCCAGUCAGACCAAAAACCAAGCAGAAGAGAUGUGCUUUGCACACACACACCUGUGGAAGCCCAAUGAGAAAGAGUAGAAUUACCGUAUUUUUUGCACCAUAACACUCACUUUUUUCCUCCUAGAAAGUAAGGGGAAAUGUCUGUGCGAGUUAUGGAGCGAAUGCCUACGGGUGGCGGGGGGGAUCUGCUGCAGUUGUGAGCAGAGGAUCCAUGGUUCCCCUUCCUUCCCUGCUCCGCGGCUCGCUUUGAAACAGCAAAGCGGGAGAAGAGCCGCUGAGUGGGGGGGGGGGAGGAGAGGGACAGAGAGCCUGAUUGCUUUAAAGGAGCAAAGCGGGAGAGGAGAGGAGCCGCUUACACGAGUGUAAGCGGCUCCUGUCCGGUUGGCUCCUUUAAAGCAAGCCACUUAAAACGUGGUUACAAAGCACAGAUCCACAUGGAUUUUUGCACUGGGUCACCCCAAAUUCACCAUCAGAUCACAUAGCAUGUCCAUGGCUACAGCUUGCACCAAAAAAAUCACGCACCCACUGUUGCCUGGGGCCGCAGUGGUGCAAAAAUGUGGUUACAAAGCAUGGAUCCACAUGGAUCCUCAGGAUUUUUGCAUUGGGCUACCCCAAACUCACUGUCAAAUCACAUGUCUGUGGCCACAGCAUGAACCACAAAAAUCAUACAUCCACUGUUUCGUUUAGAAUAUUUUUUUUCCUUGUUUUCCUCCUCUAAAAACUAUGUGCGUGUUAUGGUCGGGUGCGUGUUAUAGAGCGAAAAAUACGGUAUGUGCUCCAGGAAGCAGUUCACUGCCUUGGGGCAAUUGGCAUGAAGGUCCAGCUUCUCUCUGAGACAAUUUCCACCUUGCACAAAGUUAGAAGAGCAUCAGAGCCUCUAAGUGGGACCCAGGCUGUGAAGGGCUUGAAAUGGUCAGUACUGGCACCUUGAAUUAAGCCCAAGGAUGGAGUGGGCUGAGAAAGCCAUUUCCCAAUUUGCUGCCCUAUUUUUCCUAUUGGGGUGACUGUUUCAGGGGUUGCAAUUCCAUCCUUGAAACAAUGUCAGUGGAGACAGGACAGGGCUUACUGGCUACAGAGAUAGGGUGGGGCGGUGGCAGCAAAGCUUUAGCUGCUCAGGAAGGACGGAAGGCAGGCAGGCAGGCUGUGGCCAUAGCACUGUUCAUGCUGUUGCACCACUGAAGGUAGCAGCUUUCACAGCUGUUGUUGUUUUUUUAAAGAGGAUAGAGAAGACCUGCCCACAGCUGCCAGUCCUUUCCCAAGAGCUGUUGAACCAUGUCCCCCCAAAUGGAGCUGAAGCAGCUGCCCCAGUUCACCACCUGCAAACAGAGUUGUGGAUUGAGGCUGGCAGUUCCAGUCCCAUAGGUUCACUUCUUCAGACACUCAUGGAAACAUGCCUUGGAGACUGGCUGGUCUUCACCGAUGUCUGCUUCCUGUUGUGAGCUGUUUGUCUUUGAGAACUGAAACAGGUAACUGGAUCUACCUGCCACAAACCAUUCCUGGAGAAAGGGAUGCUCAUUUUGUUCAUUUGCUGUGACCUCUGUGGCUGAUCUCCCACAUACUCCCUAGAGGCCUCUGGUUCAGUCUAAUUUCCCAACUAAAUGCUGCAGCCAGAACACACGAGCUCCAUAAAACUGCUGGUGUUUAAAUGCAGCCCAGCAGGUGAGUUGCAGGGAGGAUGGAUGUACCCAAGCGCUGGCCAAUGAGAACAGAGACAGGUGGAAGGCGAUAGGUCUCUGCAUCCAGCACUGAUUGCCUGCGGAAAUAAUGUAUUCUCAAAGCAAAUGAAGCAGAUUGAAUUUCAGCCCUGUGAAUCAGAGAACCAAUAUAGUAUGAAUGAUUUUGCAUGCUAUUAGCUUGUGUGGAUUUUCAUGGGGUGAGAGGGGAAAGGAGAGAAGGCAAACAUUUCCCUCUUUUUGCAGAUGUGAAGACAUAAUGAUGAGUGGCAGGAGGAAAUUAGGAUGCAAGGCAACCUUCCCCAACCUGGUGCCCUCCAGAUUACUUUGGACUGUGACUCCCAUCAGCCCCAAGCAGCACAGCUAUAUAAUCUUGAGACUGAAGGAGGUUGUAGUCCAAGCCGUCUGGAGGGGACCAAGUUAGGGUUAUUAUUCGUAUACCACCCUUCAUCCAAAGAUCACAAGGCAGUUUACAAAAAAAAAGUACAAAAUGAGAACACAAAAUACAUAGCAAAAUACCAAAAACAAACCAAUAAGCUCUCUCCCACAAACACAUUUAAAAGGCCAUAGAUUGUUUGUUUAAUCAGUCUAAAGCACCACAGAAAAGGCCUGUUCCUGUGUUGCCACCCUCUGAACCUCUUGUGGAGCAGGAACGCGGAGAAGGGCCUCAGAUGAUGAUUGCCCAUUUAGGCUUGCCACCUGUCCUGUAUAAUAGAGGAUCAAUCAUCCGUGUUUCAAUGUAAAACGCUACAUCCUGUAUUGAUUCAAUAAAGGAUGCAGUUUGUCCUGUAUUUCUUCUACACACACACACACACACACACACACACACACAUAUAUACACACACACACACCCCACUUUCUAGGCCAAGUUAGGGAUCCUCUCCAAAUGUACAGUGGUACCUCUGGUUACGAACUUAAUUCGUUCUGGGGGUCUGUUCUUAAGCUGAAACCAUUCUUAACAUGAGGUGCGCUUUUGCUAAUGGGGCCUCCUGCUGUGCGAUUUCCGUUUGCAUCCUGGGGCAAAGUUCGCAGUCAGGAGCAGCUACUUCUGGGUUAGUGGAGCUCAUAACCUAAAGCAUUCGUAACCAGAGGUACCACUGUAUGUGUGUGAAAGAUUGUGCAUUUAAGCUCUGGGUGGCGAAGCACAGAGAUUUACCAAUUUGUCUGUGCAUGUGACAAAUUCCAGAGAGGCCAUCCUGUUAGGCAGCAAUAGAUUGUAAUAGAUUGCUUUGAAGUAAUUUCAGCAUCAGAUUUUUUUAAAAAAUCGCCCCCAACCCCCGUCCUGCCCGGCCCUAUAUUUUGCCAGAACAAGGGUGGCAACCCUAGUUCUGGGUCCCUUAUACCUCAUUGCAAAGUUUUUGAAUAUGGCAAGGAGAUAAUGGCUUUAACUGGGUCCCAGAUCAAGGGAUAGGCAAUAUGAAGACUGGAGGGAGGGAAAAACAAUCAGUACAGAAUAUAAUUGAUCUAAACCAUGCUCACUGAAGCGCAGAUAAAGUGCCAAGUCAAGUAAGUGCUGUGGAUUUCUUCUUGGGAACACCAUUCAUGCCCAUGGUACUUGAAAUAUAUUAUACUGUUACAUGCUCCCCACUUCUUUUGGCAGGUGAGAAGACUUCUUUUGGAGAAGAGCUCACUGGAGACCAUGGAAAGAAGGAUUUUGUCGUUUUAGUUCUCUCAGUUUCUCAUUUCCCCCCAUUUUAAAUUCAGUUCUGCACAUUUUUGCAGCUAUUUGCUAAAGAGAAAGAAAGCCGCCUUCAUUCCACUAUGGUCUCCAUGAUGAUAAAAUAAGCAGUGGCAAAGGUUAGCUGAGAUGGGAUGCUUGAGGAUGAAAAGGCUUACCUAGUGCAGCAUCCUGAUUCCCACAGUUGCUCACCAGAUGCAGGUGGGAAGCCUACAAGCAGGGGGUGAGGGCAACAAAGCUCUCCUCAUAAUCGCCAGCUGCCUCUGAACAUGGGUGUAGAAUACAAGGGAAUAGCACUGGCUCCAAGCUUCUUGUUGGGUCCUCCUGUUCCUGAGAUGUAAAAGAAGCACGCAAACAAACCAGGCCUUACAAGGUUGAGGGAUUUGAGGAUGUUUAGCCUGGAAAAGAGGAGGCUGAGAGGUAAUGUGAUAGCCUUCUUCAAAUAUCUAAACGGCUGUUACUUGGGGGAGAGAGCCAGCUAGUUUUCUGCUGCUCUGGAGGGUAGGACCCAAACCAAUGGAUUCAAAUUGCAAGAAGGAAUUAAACAUUAGAAAUAACUUUCUAACAGCAUGAGCUGUUUGACAGUGGAGCAGGCUGCCUCAGGAGGUGGUGGGCUCUCCUUCAUUGGAGGUUUAUAAACAAAGGUUGGAUAGCGACCUGUCAGGGAUUCUUUAGCUUUCGUUCCUGCAUUGCAGGGGGUUGGACUAGAUGACCCUUGGUGUCCUUUCUAACUCCACAGUUCUAAAAUUCUGUGAGUCAGGAGAGCAUUGUGUUCAUACCCUGCUUGUGGGCUUCUGAAGGUGGACACCUGGUUGGCCACUGUAAGGGCAGAAUGGGCUUUUGGUCUGAUCCACUCAGAGCUCUUCACAUGAUCUUAUCAAUUAUCUCCUUUCUUCCCCCCCCCCCCCCAGUUUUCCUGCUGCGGAGGCGAUGAGUUCAGAGACUGGCAUGUGAAUCCAUACCAUUCCUGCAACAGCAGCGGCCCUCUCUCCUGUGGGGUGCCCUACACAUGCUGUAUCAAGAAGGUGAGAUGAAAGAAGUGCAAACUGUGAGUUUCUAAAAGAAAAAGGAAGUUGUUAGGUGGACCUCUCUCCAACGUCAUGGGCUUCCUGCAGUGGUACAGUUUUUUGUGGGUCACUGGCAAGCACCCCACACUCCUGCUGAAGACUCCUGGUGGUGGUGGUGGUGGUGUGGCUCAGUGGCUUUCUUGCAUUGCUUCACUUCAGGCAGAAGCCUUAGGUUCUGUUACAGCCCCAGCAAUACACAUCUAACCACAGAGCCCCCUGAAGCAUCUCCAAUCUGAUAGGGGUGAUGAGAGAGGCAAUUGGUUAAUAAAUACAGGCAACUCCCCAUUUGUGCAGAGGUUGCAUUCCAAGGCACCAUGUGUGCCAGCCUGUUCCGCCCCCUGGCAGUGCCAAAAACGGCGCACACAUGUUGAUCACACACAGAUGGGGAGUUGCCUGUAUAUUAUUGUACUACAGAUACACUACAAUGUCGUGCUCCACUUUCCAACUCUGCCUACAGCUUUGCCAUUUGCCCUUCCCACACAACUGGCCGAACCCUUUUCCCUUUACACCCCAGCCACCUUCUUGCCUAUUCCCUGCUCCUUUCCUCACAGCUCACCCCAAUUCUUUUAAAGGAGAGAGGAGGCAUUUCACAUAAUUGCUUAGCCCUUAUGUGGUGCCUCCACCCUCUUCAUUAAACCUUGCUGCACCUGCAUUUAAUGGAGGGAAGAUAGGCUUCACAUAGCGGCUUGCUAAACCACUGUUCAAAGGGCACCCCCUCCUCCAUUAAACAGCUCGCCUGAGCCUCCUGCCCGCCCCCAUGCUGCUUCCUUGCUUGUCUGCUUGCCAUUUGUCAUGCUGCAGUUGGUGUGGCCACCUGUUGGCAGCCAUGUGAACUGCAGCAUGACAAUAGCCUUAUUUCUAUGCAUAUAGAAUGCAUAUGCAGUACAUAGAAUACCGUAUUUUUCGCUCUAUAAGACGCACCAGACCACAAGACGCACCUAGUUUUUGGAGGAGGAAAACAAGAAAAAAAAUAUUCUGAAUCUCAGAAGCCAGAACAGCAAGAGGGAUCACUGCACAGUGAAAGCAGCAAUCCCCCUUUUGUUCUGGCUUCUGGGAUAGCUGCGCAGCCUGCAUUCGCUCCAUAAGACGCACACACAUUUUCCCUUACUUUUUAGGAGGGAAAAAGUGAGUCUUAUAGAGCAAAAAAUACGGUAUAUAUACAUGAGAGAGAGAAGUUAAACAGGCAUAUCACAUGCUGCAACUUUGUCAAGUUUUAGCAUGUUUGGUGAAUGUGAGUUGCCCCCAAAAGACUAGCAUCUAGAUAGAUUUUUGCAGUUCAGGUGUAUUUUCUUUUUUCCCCCCCUCCCUCUUCACCUGUAUUUAUAACUUAUUUGUCCCCAUGAACUGUGACAUUGAUCUUCCAGAAUUAAAUAGGUUUUUACAAGGGAUGGGUCCUGCUGCUCCUAUAUUGUCCAGCUCUGGAUACUGAAACCAGUAACUCCAAGAUCCCCACAUUCUCAGCCUAGCUCACAUUGUCUGAGGCAUUUUCCUUCCUCUGCAGCCGCCUGAUUCCUGCCACUUUGUCCCUUUAUAUCCAGUAUUCAAUAUUGCUUCCUUCUUCUGUGUCACACCACGCCACCAAACCCUCCUGAAAACAAUUCCAAAUCCUUCGUCUGAUGGCUUUUGGGGACAAAGCAGGGACAAAGCACAUUAAGCUGAUAUAUAUGAACUUGAUGUGAUCCACAUAAGCUUUUAAUGACAUUUCAUUGUUUUAAUAGUUUUAGUCUUUCCCCUUGAAUGACUAUUGAUUCUUGGCUGCUUUUAUCUGCUGUUUAUAAGACUGUGUUUUUAAUAUAAUGACUGAUCUUAGGCGCCUGAGGGCAAGGCAAGGUAUACUUGUAGGAGGGGAGGUUUGCUGCAGAGUUUCUACCAAAGGGGUUAUUGGAGUUCAGACCAUCCUGCCAGAUAUCUGCAGAUAUCGUUACCUUUCAUGAAUUGGUUGGGUCUUAAAAAACAAAACAAAAACUUCCAGCCACAGAGAGUUCAGUGGUUUGUUUUUGUUUCAAGAAAUGCCUUCAAAAUUAACCAGUUAAGAUUGCACUCUCUGGACCAUGUGGUACUCGUUCCCCACUGACUUUCUGAAAUCCACUCAGUAUUGUACAGUGAGGGGGGGGGAAGUAUUUGAUCCCCUGCUAAAUUUGCCCGUUUGCUCUCUGACGAAGAAAUGACCAGUCCGUAAUUUUAAUGUUAGGUUUAUUGUAGCUGUGAGAGACAGAAUACCAACAGGAAAAACCCCAGAAACCCAGAAGACAAAAGUCAGAGAUUGAUGUGCAUUAUAAUGAGUGAAAUAAGUAUUUGAUCCCCUAUCAACCAGCCAGAUGUCAGGCUACCUGGUAUCUUCACUGUAUGUAAGGAACUGAGAUUAGAAGCCCCUGCUGUAAGGGAGAGGUCUUACCUGCAAUCCCAGCUCGUUACAGUACCUGUACAAAAGACACCAGUCGACAGAAGCAGAUUCCAGCAGAUUCCAAAGUAGCCACCAUGACCAAGACCAAAGAGCUGUCCAAGGAUGCCAGGGACAAGAUUGUAGACCUGCACAAGGCUGGACUGGGCUACAAGACUAUUGCCAAGCAGCUUGGUGAGAAGGUGACAACAGUUGGUGCAAGAAUUCGCAAAUGGAAGAAACACAAAAUAACUGUCAACCUCCCUUGGUCUGGGGCUCCAUACAAGAUCUCAUCUCGUGGAGUUGCAAUGAUCAGGAGAAUGGUGAUGAAGCAGCCCAGAACUACAUGGGGGAAACUUGUCAAUGACUGUUUAUAGUCCCAUCAUAAAUAGAUUUAAGUUGUUUUUCAAAGCACAGGACCAUUGUACUUCCCUCCCUAUAAUGUUCUAUUGGUGGGUUUUUUCUAUUCCUUAAUUUUUUGUAUGUAUUAGGAAUCCUGCUUAUUUAUCUUUGGCACUUCUGUGUGGCUGCAGAUAUCUCUCCCCACCCCACCCCCAUGCUCCAAAAUACGUAAACUUCAUUGCAUCCAGUGAUGAGCUGCAAUGUGUUCAGAGGUGGGCAACCAAGAUGAUAAAGGGUCUGAGAACCAAGCCUCACAUGGAGUGCUGGAGAGAGUUGGGUAUGUUUAACCCAGAGAAGAGAAGACUGAGAGCCUUCUUCAAAUACUGGAAGGCUGCCACAUGGAAGAUGGAGCAAGCUUGAAGUGAACCAAUGGAUUUAAAUGACAAGAAAGAGAUUCCGCCUAAGCAUUAGGAAGAGCUUUUUGAGGGCAAGAGCUGUUAGACGGUGGAAUGGAUUACCUGGGAAGGUGGUGGACUCCCCUUCAUUGGAAGAUUUUAACCAGAGGUUGGAUGGCCAUCUGUCAGGGAUUCUUGAGCAUUGCAGGGGGUGGGACUACAUGACCUUUAGGGUAUCCUCCAAGCCUAUGAUUCUGUGACCCAGUGCAGCCUAGUUGAAGUGAUCAGUAAAUCGCUUGGUUACUCUGCCUCCAAGAUAAAGUUAUUUUUGGUGCAGGCUAGAAUGCCAUGGGUUUAAUAAUAAUAAUAAUAAUAAAAUUUUAUUUAUAUCCCACCCGCCCCAGCCAAAGCCGGGCUCAGAGCGGCUAACAACAUUAAUGAAGAUCGAGUCCCAUGGAGGUUAGCAGUAGCAAGAGCUCUGAAAAUGUGGAUGAUUCAAAAAGUGCUGUGUUUGUCACCUCUCUGUGGGAGCCGGCACAGCUCUGCCAUUGCUUUUGAGUUUCCUUGGGGUUUAGCCUCUGUGAUUCAGAGUGCUGCGGGGUGCCAAGCCGGUGCAUGAAAAGCGCACGAGGGGAGGUAUUCCUGGGGUUUUAAAUCCCAUUGUCAGUCCCCUCCGUGCGCAGUUCUCUGGGUGCACGUGAUCCCUGCUACACAAUUGCUGUGUACAGUUCAGUAAGACCUUUUGUCCAAGGAUCCACGUGCUUUGCAAACAUUAGGCAGUCUAGUGGUGGGAGAGGUGUAACAGAUUGGAAGACAGAGGGAGCCUUUUCCUUCUCAGUUUGGGGGUGGGAUCCUGCUUCCAAACUGAGCUUGAUCACAGUUGCAGGACUGGACCACCCUUGUGGGCUGUGAAUGGCACUCUUGCUCCCGUUCGUUUAAGAAGAGGGACUGUAGCUCAGUGGCAGGCCAUCUCCUUGCACACAGAAGGCCUCAAGUUCAAUUCAUGACAGCUCCAGAUAUGCCUGGAAGAGAUUCCCUGCCUGAUACCCUGGAGAGCUGCUGGCAGUCAGUGCAGGCAGUACUAAGGUAGACCACAGGCAGCUUUCUCCAUUCAUGAGGGUGGGCAGUGGAUUUUUUUAGAUGUGCCUCAGAAGAACUUGGGAGCUCCCAUCAGAGAGCCUGCCUGCUGUGAUGGUUAGAGUGUCAAACGCAGACCUGGGAGACCAGGGUUCAUAUCCCCCACUCAGCCAUGAAGCUCACUGGGUGACCUUGGGCCUGUUGCUGCCUCUCAGCCUAGCCUCGGUCUACCUCAUAGGGUUGUUUGGGGGAUUAACGGAAGAGGGGGCAAACCAUGUCUCCAGCCUGAACACUGAGAACCAGCACUGAGGGCUUUUUGGUGGUUCCCACACGACGAGAUGUGAAGGUACAGGGAACCAGACAGAGGACCUUCUCAGUAGUGGCACCCACCUUGUGGAAUAACGUCCCUUCAAAUGUCAAGGAGAAAAGUAAUUAUAUCACUUUUAGGAGGCAUCUGAAGGCAGCCCUGUAUAGGGAAUCCUUUUAAGAUUUAAUGUUUUACUAUGUUUUUUAUAUGCUGAAAGCUGCCCAGAGUGGCUGGGGCAGCCCAAUCAGAUGGAUGGGGUACAAAUAAUAAUAACUGAUGAUGAUGUCACCUUGAGAUCCUUGAAGAAAAAGGAAGGGGUGUAUAUGCAAUAAUAAAUAUAAAAAAUGAAUAAAAUAGAGCACGUGCUUUGCUUGCAGAUUCAAUCCCUGGCAUCUCAAGAUAGGGCUGGGAAAAGAUUUUUGGGUCUGAAAUCCUGGGAAGCUAUUGCCAGCCAGUGUUGACAAUACUACAAUAUUGUGCUAGAUGGGAAAUUGCAAAAGUGUGGCUCAGCUCCCCCUUCCUGGAACACCAAGCGUUCCUAUGUUGCAUUUUCACUCCACUCUGUGUUUCAGAAAGGGGCAGCUGAGCCAGACUUGCAGUUUUCUUAUAGAUUUAAGAGCGGCUCCCGAUUCAGCUCAGGACUGAUGGCCAAGCUUCAUGGCAUCCAUAAAAGAAAUGGAGCAAUCAAAAUAACAUGCUCCAUUGACACUGUGAACUAAAUUCUGCAUAGGAUGCUAUCUCCCUUGAAAUAGAAGCAAUUAAUUCACAUCCCAUGGGAUUCUGCAUGGGAUUAAUUUACAUCCAAAAGAUAAUUUGUGUGACUGUUCUCAGAACAUGACCAGCUGUUUUUACUGGUGACUUUUCAAAGCCAGUGGCUUGUCAGAGCAGGAGAGGACUUAGCUUUUACACUGCAUCCUGCCUUGGCCUUUACUGCAAAGGUGAGUGAACUGAUUUCCACACUGAGAUCCACUAGAUGGGCCAGAAAGAAGUGAAUUAGCUUUUUCAUUAUGACAAGCAUUGCAUCCGACCAGGGUCAUAUUUAACUUGUCAUUAUCACCAGGGGCAGAGCUUCUGCCUCCUCAUUCUUGGAAACUUGCAAGAUGGCAAGCGCAAUGAGUGCUUAUUUUUAUUUGAUUCAAAAAAUAGCACUUAAACUGAAUCACAUUAGUUUAAAUGGCUUGUGAAUUGGGCUGGAAAUUGAUUUCUGAAGCUGCAUUCUUCACCUGGCCUGGAUGGUUUUCUUUCCAGUGCUUCCAGAUAAAUAUAACCAUUUUAAAAAAACAACACAGAAUCAUAGAACUAGAGUUGGGAGGGACCCAGAGAGAUUCUAGUCCAAGCCCCUGCAAUGCAGGAUUCAGUACCAUCUUUACUAACUGCCUUUGGUGUUCUCUGUGUUUCAUGCAGUGAUUUAGUUUAUCCCAAUAUUGGAAGGGGGCAGAAUAUGGAGGACAGCUCAGCUUCACAGUCUUUGCCCCCCCCCAUUCUACUCUAAGCUCCCAUCCAUCUGGUGUAACAGCAUUGAGCUACUUUAGGGAGGCUGGCAUUGUCCACACCCUCUCAAAUCCAGAGACACAGUGUUGCAUAAUGGUUAGGGUGUUGGACCAUGAUCUGAGAGACCAGGGUUUGAAUCCCCACUUAGCCAUGGCACUUGCUGGGUGACCUUGGGCCAGUCAGUGCGAUCUCUUAGCCUAACCUGACUCACAGAACAGUUGUGAGGGUGAAAUGGGGAGGAGGAGGACUACAUGCUCCACAGUGAGCAACUUGGAAGGUAAAGGUGGUAUAUAAAUCUAAUAAAGAAAUAAAACAAACACCAGCCCUGUUCCCUGAAAUAUGGGUAUGGUAAUUAUUACCUAUAUCUGCAAUGGCACAGGCAGAACAAAUUUCAGGAAGCUUCCAAACUAAGAUAGGGGAGGUCACAUUUUUAGCUGAAACAUGACUUCAUCUAUAGAGUUCAUAAACGCCAGUCUUUGCUGCUACUUUUCUUGUUCCUGGGAUAUCCCACUAAUCCAUAGUCACAGUGCACUAAAAUCCUGGACACCUGAAUUGUUUUCUGUGCGACAACAUGGAUCCCUUCUCCACCAAGGAAGAGCAAAAGUGAAGUGUCUUCUCUGAAGUUUAGAGAUGCUGGAUAUUUCACUCUUCACCAUUCCUUUUUCUUAUUAACCAGUUGACUGCUACCGGAAACAUCAGUUAUUAAUGUGACUUUGUUCAGUGGAAUGAAACCCUGAAGGACAGUUUCUCACAAAACAAGUGAGGAGAAUAAUGCCAGCAUGAUUUGCUUCAGUUCUAGAAGUGCCUUGCUCCUGCUGGAUUGUUUACAGUGGCUGAUUCUGACUACGAUUCAUCCAGAGAGCUCCACAGGGCUGCCCCAUUCUAUAAGUUGGGGAAGUCUCUUUACAUAUAACGUCAACUUGGAGAGAAAAAUAUGGGGCACAGCAAACAUGUUAGGAAAUGAUGUAUGUGUGGUUGGAGGCCUACAGCAUUUUGGAAUGUGUCCACAGAGUCUUUCCAGUGGGGAACUGCCAUGACCCUUGUAUCCAGCAGAGAUCAGGACAUGAGAGUCAGAGGCUGCAGGCGCACCAGAUGGUGGGAGCAGGGGCUGGGACUCGGAGCUCACUGAGGGAGAUGGAGAGGCCAUUGCACCUGAGAUGGCUGGGCAAGAGCUCCCAGAUGACCAGAGCCUAUAGGGACCCUCACAGACACCUCCUGAGCUGGAAGAACCAAGUGUGUCCUGCUGCCUAUUACAUCACCAGUCCAGGAGCUCUGGAAGUGCCCAGGAAGGAGGCUGUGGAAGGGCCAGAGGGUUGGCCCUUAGAGCUAUGAAGUUCCCUCAAGGGAUUGGAGCCUGGAGGAGGAAGCCUGAGGAUAGUGGCAUAAGAGGCCUCAGUCUGCUCGUGACCUUCAUCAGAGCAAGUGGCUCACCCAGGACUCUCUGUGGACCAGCAGGCUUUGAGCAGCCUCCCCUUGCCUCCAGCCUUGCUGCUUUCUCAGGAGGUUCUGGCAGAGGACCAGAACACAGCAAGUAGACAUGUUAGUCUGCUGCAGCAAAAGUAGCAGGUAAUCUUGUGGCACAUUAAUAGCUACCACAUUUCUUCUGGCACAAAAUGCCACAGACUUCAUCAGGAAAAUGGGGAGUUAAGCUGGAAGCCAGUUCCUGGGAGAGCCUACGUGAAAAUCCUCCAUUCGCAAUAAAGCCACACAGGGACACACAGGGCCAGGAAACUUUCUCUGGUGCAGAAAUGGCACUUGCCAGCCUUGCCGCAAAUCAGUGCUAAUGCUAAGUGCAUCGUUCUUGAAAACUGAAUAGAAAGUCCCACUGGCUUCCUGGAAGAACUGCUUUAUUGUUUCCUAAGCAAGAGGUGGUUGCUUUGAAUUAGGCUGAGAGCUGGAAAAAGAAAUGAUGUGGCCUGAAAGUGUGUGUGUGUGUGUGUGUGUGUGUGUGUGUGUGUGUGUGUGUGUUAGCAACUUCUGCUUGAUGGUUAUCCAGCAGAGAAAGAGAGUCAUUUUAGUGGAGUCUUAAAAAUGAUAAGGUUGGUGCUCUAUGAAUUAUGAAAGUGUACAACCCAGAAACCAAACUUGUCCCCUGUUUGGGGUUGCUGCCACACAAAGGGACGUGCUUUAAAUGUAUGGUGUGGACACACCCUUAGAGUCACAAGUGGGAUCAUUUUAUUUAAAUGUUGAGAUGAAAAUAAAUCCCUCUUUUGAUGCUGGAGCUAUCGCAGUGGCAGUGCUGUUGCUGUGCGCUGGAUUCAAAGUGGGUCCAGGUGAGGUUCCAGAGAGGCAUGAGUUUGGCAGAGUUAACAGGAGAGUUGCUGGGCUCAUUGAUGCAAGGGCGCUGCCUCAUCCUGAAAGUCUUGCUGGAUCUUUCCUGUGUUGACUAGAGGUGGAACAAACUUGUGUUUGGUCCAGCAUUUUUGAGCAAACUGAUCUAAUUCAGACCUGCCUUAUGGACUGGAACAUUAUUAUCAUUUGUACUCCAUUCUUCUCCGAAAUUUACAAUACAAGUCCUCAGGUCAAGAAAGUACCAAAAUGCAUUUAAAAUUUAUAUUUAGGGUAAAAUUCAUUCAGAAAUGCAUACAUAUAAUUACAAUGCAUAUUUAAAUACAUAUUUUGUGAUAAAAUACUUUAUUCAGUACUACUUCAAUAAAUACUGAUUAAUUUUUGUACAUUUUUUUAAUUUGCAGAUUAAUGUGGAAAUGGGACAAAAUGAGAAUAAACACAUGAUAAAUUGAAUUGGACCAAAACAGUGGCCCAUCCAUCUGCAGUACUACCAGCUUUAUUUGAUGGAUUGGUUAAUUGAAUCCAUUUCUAUACUGCCCUUCCUCCAAUAGGAGCUAAGAGCAGUGAACUGCAUAAAGAUACAAUCUAAAAAAUACAUAUCCAAAACCAAAAAUACAAAGCAAUACCAGCUUCUGAAAUGUCAGCAAACAUAUAUAAACAUCUUUAAAAUAUAAUUGAUUAAUAUGCAUAAAACAUCUUAAAGGGCACCACACUAUUCCAAAGUCAUUCAAAAUGUCUCAGAACAAGAAAAGAACAGUUCACCGGUUUUUGGAAAUGUGAUCAAGCUGCUCGAUCCCAUUCUCUUGCCUCAGAAGUAAUCACAAAACAGCUGGGAUUUCUCUUGGGUGUGUGUCUGUGUCUGUGUCUGUGUCUGUGUCUGUGUCUGUGUCUGUGUCUGUGUCUGUGUGUGUGUGUGUCUGUGAGCCACCAUCUACUUUGCAGCCAGAAGGUACCCAGAUUCCUCUUUGCAGAGGGAGGGGAAGAGAGAGUUUAAGCAUUCUGUGUUGGCACAGAGUGUGCUCCUCCAUCAACUGACUGACUGCCCUAGUUGUCUCUCCCUGAAAUGAUGUUUGCCUGUGUUUGGCAUGCAAGUAAAUGUUGCUUGCAUGGUGGAAGGCUCCCCACCCCCUCCGCUCCAAACCAUCCUUGAGUAUUUCUUAAUGGAGGUGCUAGAACUCAAGUCCUUCUAACUCCUUUGCAUGCAGAUCAAUGUGCGUACAACAUCAGAGGUAUGCAUGAAUAAAUAAUCACCCAAAAGAAUCAGGAGACGAUUAUGAUAUCUGGCUUUAGUCAGGUGAGGAAGUAUGAUAUAUUUCAAGCACAUUCGAUAGUCACUUCCUAGGAACAGAAAUGUAUUCACGAGAUCUGGGAUGGAUUACGUUCAAAGCCAUUGGUCACAUGGGAAAUAUAUAAUCUGGAGAACCUCAACUAAUUGGGGUUUUUUAAAUGAAUAAGUUGUCCACAAGUCUUAGGUAUCCAAUAAAAGCAGUUUGACAGUCCAAUAUUCUUUCUACCAACCACCAACCCCUGAAAUGAAAUACGCCUUUCUCCAAGGCUAGCUUUCUGGAAUCACACACUUGGAAAAUCAGUGAAUAAAAAUAUUCUGCCCGUCACCUUGCUGCCAGCCCUUUAAGAAUUUUUUGCAUUGCACAUUAUUAGUAUUUGUAUUAAUUAAUUAAACACAUAGAUUAAAACAUCUAAAACUCAUUGAUACAUUAUAUAUUUAAAGGCAUUGGAACUGUUCAUGGAAGGCAAAUCUGAGUUUUUCAGCUGUGCCCAUUGAUGUUCUGAAUGGCAGCAGAAUACCACUGAGGGAAUUUGUAACUGUGUUAGUUCUGCUCAGUCUUAUUUUCUGGAGUGUUCUUCUCUAAGCACUUAGGAAGGGAGAAUUAUUGGUAAAGGACUUCAUUGCUUAAUGUGACUCUCACACCUAAAGGCAUCAUUCUAACAAUGGGGAUAAGAGGCAAUAUCUUUUUGGAGGAAACAAAACACCUGAGACCAGUAGCGCAUUCAAACAUUUUUGCGUUUGUCUUCUGAGAUCUCCAACAAAUUGAUGGGCUUGCAAUAACAGCAGGCUGGGAAGUGUGUUGUCUCUAGAUCAGACCCCUACAGCAGAACUAUCCCUUAACACAAUAGUCCAGGGCAGAAAAGACAAAAUGACAGUGCAAAUGUGUCUUGUACAAAAAUGUUCAGAAAAAUGAGCUGUUCAACACUGACCUCCUGAACACCAAGUUAUGGGGUCAAAUGAGGCUUUGGGGGUUAAUUUGUUAUGCCUGCAUGUUAUGCCUCGUUUUUUUAAAAAAUAUAGAUACUUGGGUAAUAUCAAAUGAGAAAUUCUAACUUCGGUUUAUUUAUAUAUAUUUUUAAAAUAAUAUGUUGGUUUUAUUUUUUAAUACUGAUGACUGGUGUUUUAAUUUAUUUUUAAUCUUUUGUUGGAAGCCACCCAGAGUGGCUGGGGAAACCCAGCCAGAUGGGCAGGGUAUAAAUAUUUAUUGAUUGAUUCAUGAUUAUGAUGAUGAUGAUUAUUAUUAUACCAAGGUGCUAGUUUUGGAAUAUGACUACAACUAUGUUUGGGGGGAUGGGGAAUAAAAUCUAAAAGUACAUUUCUGGUUAAUUUGCUUUUUGUUGUUCCAUUUUAAAAUGGGUGUGCAAAUAAUUCAGUUAUUAACUGAAGUGUAUCAUAUACAAGAAUGGACCUCCAGAACGAAUUAAGUUUGUAACUAGAGGUACCACUGCACCAAUUUACUGCUUUGCAAGUGGUACCAUUAAGAAGCAGGUAUCAGGAAUUGCUGACUGUUGCCCCAUGUGGUGAUAUAUGCAAUUGCAGCUGCUCAGUGAAGAGUCUCCCCAACUUUGGUCUGGCCUCCACCUCCAUUGGUGACCAGUGGAUCCCUGGAUAGGAAAGAGGCUAAGAGAAAGAGAAAGAUGUCCUUUACAGUGCUGAAUUUUGCAAAUUCUGCAUUCCAGGGCAGAAAAACACACCUAAAGGUUUAACUAUAUUUACACACAGCCGUAGCAAAUGAAACUCUGUUCACCAAAGCAGUUAUGUGUUCAUCUACGGAAUAUGACUGACCUCCAAAAAGGAAACCUGAACUCUACUCAAUGUUUCAGGAGGGCCCUUUGUCGACAGAAGAAAUUAUCACUUUGGGGAGAAUCUUGGAAGUCCAGCACAAGCUUUCAUGAGGAACAUGAGAUGAACAGCUGGGCCUUAGCAUAAGGAUGUGGUAUGAAGAAGGUUCUAUGGUUGAUCUAGUCAUUGACAGUGCAAAAUCUUAGUGGCCUCCCCUACUGUCAUGACUCAGUCCAGCAGCUCCAGCUUUAAAAAACCCAGUGCUGAGCUUGAAGAACUUCUGGAACAAUGUAUAUUUGCCAGCUCUCUGCUUCUGCCUGCUUUUGAAUCUCUUGCCUGUGUAAAAAAUGACCACGGAACUGCCCUGACUUUGCCUCUCACCUGACUCUUUGUUGUGUGCUCCACUUUCUUGGACUCUGAUCUUGGGCCAGCCCUGCUUUGGGUGUGGUGUGGCUGCUGGCAAGCCCCCUUGUAGAUGAAGGGGACUGCAGGUUGAGACCUCAUGUUUGUGCAUGGACGAAGAUGUAUCAGCUACACAGACCAUCCUUGCAAUGCUAAAACCAGAACAACAUUGUAACUUGAGUGAGAGUAAGUACUGGGUGGCAUGGGUGUGAAUAUAGCCAGGAUACUGAUUCAUGAAUACUGAGGAACAUGACUGGGAAAUUAGCCUAUAUUUGUGUCUUUUUAAAGAAGAAUAGAGCUGUGACUCUGGGAUCAGAGAAAGCAGUGAAAAUCGAUGGCAAGGAAGUACAUGUUGUCCAAGAUCUGUUCCAGAACUUCGCAGUGAUCACUGGCAAUGAAUGCCCACACAGAGAUCAAAUAAAUUGUGGCUUGUGAGUUAGUUGCCUAGCUUUGUUCCAGUCCAAGUGUUUCACCAGGUGAGCAAAGCAUCAUUAGAAGAUGCAAUUUAGAAGAUUUCUGAUCCAACAACCAUUAAGCACAGUCUGCAUUCAUGCAUAUACAUGACUGAUGGUGGUUGGCUUCUGCAAAAGAAAACACGAUAUGCAAAUUUGGUAUACAACUCCUUAUGUGAUGCAUAUACAAGCAGUUUGAUUUGGUUUUUGUUUUCAGAGGCUAUAACUCUGGCUCGCCUAAAGGUUUGGAACUAUUGAAUUUUCUGGAGCAAUGAGAUUCAUUAAGAAAAAGGACAUGCUCAUUUGGAAUCCAAAGAACAAAGAAGCAUCAUUUCUGCUGUUAGAAUGGAACUAAUCUUAGUUUCCUCUGCAUCUGGUGUCCAAGCAAAGAUAUCUCAUGAUAUGCACCAUGAGGGAACAGUACAGGCUUGCUGGUCUCCCUAUUGCUACCUGGCAGUGCUAAGGCCCAAGGACUCUAUUGUUCAAAUCAGAGCUUUUUUUUAGCUGGAACUCGCCAGAACUCAGUUCUGACACCUUUCAGACGGACACCAUUGCCAUUCUGAGAGAAUGAGAAAGGUGUUCAUGGUGAGUUCCAGCACCUCUUUUUCUAGAAAAAUAGCACUGGUUAAAAGUCUGACAGAAAGACCAUUUGGUCCAUUCAUGCUGUUCUGAGCUGGGCUGAGGUGCGACAUCUGGUUUCUAUAGAAUUGAAAAGCAAGUUUGAUUGUCACUCCAUCUUGACUAUACUUAAAAUAAUGGAGUUGGAAGGUCUGUCAUCUGGCAUGAAACCAGAAAAGGCUGGGGCGGGUGUAUUGUUGGAGAAGUAUAUGUGCUGGUCAUGUCAGACAAGAAACCAGCUCCUUAGAGCACUUUCUGAACAAUUCAUUGCAUGCACUGCAAGAUAUUUGAGAGUGCAGUGUGGAGGCCGAAGGAGACAGCAAGUCACCAUGUUGACAUAUGAGACCUAGGGAGGAGACCACAUUGAUUAUUUUACACAGAGAAAAAGAUAUAAUCAAACUGCUUGAUUAGUUUUGCACUAUGUGCCUGAGAUCCUAUGUGGAAAAUGCAGCAGGGAGCAUGGAGGGCCAUCCCUAUAGUGGCUUUAAGCAUCUGGAUGUGGUGGCCUGUGCCACCUUCCAGUCCCUUGCUCAACCGCAGUGUUCUCAACAGUCACACCAACCUACCCUCGGGUCUUAAGGUGCUAUAUUAUUAUUGUUUUACAUUUAUAUCCCACCUUUCCUCCAAGGAACAUACAGUGGAGUAUAUGGUUCUCCUCCACCUCCAUUUUAUCCUCACAACAUCCCUGCAAGGUAUGUUAGACUGGCCAAGUAGGAAUUUGACCCCUGGGCCCCCAGGUCCUGGCCCGACACUCUACCCACUACACCACACUUGGUGCUGGUCAGUAUAUAUCAAGGCAUCAGUUUUCAGGACCUACCACUAGUCGGGGGUUAGUUACCACUAGUCAGUUGCCAGAUGCUGGCAGGGUGUGUGGAGAACAGCAAGAUGUUGGAGAAGAGAGCUGCCUAUGGCCUGUUUUGGAGGCCCUGCCUUGUGCCUGUAACCAAGGUUCAGUUGCCUGUCUGCUCAGCUUUUGUAUAUUGAAUGGGGGUGGAGAAUUUUGUCCUUUACCUCAGAAAUCAAGUCAUCCACAAUUUGAUCAUGAGUGAGGGAGUCUGAGCUGGUCUGCAUUAACUCUGGAGGGUGAAGAACCCAGAGUUGUUUUCUCACAGGGUGUCUCAUAUGGCACCGACGUAGCCUCGGGGGUUGCAGAGGAGAAGCCAUUGUGGUUUAUAGGGUUUCAGUCUCCUUCUCCAAGCUUCCCACCAGACGAGUCAUUGGUUUUGAGUGCCUCCCUCACCAUCUUGCCACAAGGGCAACGUCAUGACAGCCCAGCCAGCUGUGUGGGACACCAUACUCCUUAAACAGCUCUUAAACCCAAAAUCAGCCUUUCUCAACCUGUGGAGUCCCCAGAUGUUGUUGAACUACAACUCCUAUCACCCCUAGCUAGCAAGGCCAGUGCUCAGGGAUGAUGGGAGUUGUAGUCCAACAACAUCUGGGGACCCACAGGUUGAGAACUGCUGCCCUAAAUGCUUGCUCAGCUCCUCCUUAUGCCCCUCUGGCUGCCCCCCAUCACUCACUUCUCAUCUGUGGCAAAUUGUAGCAUGAGGAAAUUAUUUAUUUAUCUCUCCACACAUUUCAUAAUUGUAUAAACCUCUGUUGUGUUGCUGUCUCCCACCUUCUUAGUCAACCAAAUGCUACCUUUCAUAUUUAAUAUCACCCGUGGCCUGUGGUAAAUAAAGCAUUCCCGUUACUGCAACUGCCAGGGUAACAAUUACCCUGAACCAAUGCCUGAACUUUCCCCUGCUAGGAUAUAACCUUAAUGGAAUUGCUUUCAUUUUGGCCUUGGGAUCCAUACCUCCCUUCUUUGCCUCUAAGUUAAAUGCCAUUGGCAAGGGACAAUUGCCUGAAAUGUAACCCAGAUAGGAAUUCGCAGUCACUUCACGCUUAUGCAUUAGGCCCAAGAGCGUUUCAAUCAUGUUCUAUGGUGGUUAGUAAAAAGGAAAAGGGGAAAAAAUCACUUCUAGACUUCUUUGUUCUUCAGAACUCCUCAGUUUUACUAUGAGGAGGACUGAUAUUACUGCUCUGUUUGGCUCUACUACAAAUGUGUUUGGCUGACAAAGGAAAUCAAUGGAAAGGGAUUCCUUUGCUUUCUGGAGGCCCAUGACUUGCGUGUUCAGUUCCUGGGCCUUGUGUUCUGCAAGAGUCAAAAGGAAUACAGGAUUAUGCAAAGACGUCACACAUCAUUAUUUAUGGAAAACCUUUUCUGUCAGAAUGACAAUGUCUGAAAAUGAAAAUUAAGUCUGCCUUGAAGGCAUGGAGGAGAAAGAAAAUGAUCAAAAGAUGCAAUUUGCAUUUCUUUGGGCUGGGAUAUAAGGAAUUAGAUGAUCAGAUGUGUGGCUCAUAUCCACUAGUAGCUGUGUGUUUAGCACUGUGGGCCCAAUUUUAUGGCUCUCCUUUCGAGCUGAGGUUCAGCAGAACCCUCCCUACAGAAGUUCUGACACCUACUGGAGACUGUUUUUAUUCCAGCAGGCAUUUUAACUGAAGUUGGAAUUUGUAUUUUUAACUGAUCUUUAUAUUUUUGUAUAGUAUCUUUGUAACCCACUUAGAUACUAUUGUAGUUAAGUGGCAUAUAAAUUGUUUAAAUAAAAAAGAGAUAAUCACAACUCACCACCUACCCAGUUACUUAGGUCCACACUACACAUUUAAAGGGCUCCCCGCAAAGAAUCCUGGGAGCUGUUGUUUGUCAAGGAUGCUAAUAGUUGUUAGGAGACCUCUAAUAACUGCUCCUGGCACUCUUAACAAACUACAGCUCCCAGGAUUCUUUGUUAUAAUAGUUCAAAUUUCUAAUGCAGACGGGGCCAUAGGACAGCCUUCUCCUUGAAUGAAUAGGAGGAGUUUGGAGUAGAUGGAGUUUGAUGAUUCUGUGAAUGGAGGUGGCAUACUGGAAGUGAAUAGCAAAUGGGGCACUGAAAAAAGACACCUUUCCACAUGUACUCUUGAUGUGCCUUCAGGCUGUCCCCACCCCCCUUGCAUCACCCUCAUCACUGUUUGGAAUUUUGCAAAAUGUUUGGCAGUUAUACCCAAAUAUAUCUGUAAAGGAGACUUCCAGACAUCUUAAAAGCUGCUGCAGAGUCUGAGAUGCUUUCAGUGCAAAGUUCUGACUCUCCAAAUGCAAGUGUUCAAAAGGUCAGAGAGUGGCCUCUAUUGAACUCCUUUGUGGCUUGGUUUGUCAACAGUUUUUGUGGUCUGGUGAAAAGUCUUAAGAGGAAGAGAGAGAAUCCUACCCUCUUUUACCUUUCUUGUGACUUUUAAAAACAACAAAUUCCCACCAUCCACCUGCACUGUUAUUGAGCUUGGAUCUUCUUCCUCCUCUCUUAAUAGGCCCCAGGAGAAGUCAUUAACACACUGUGUGGAUACAAGACACUAAAUAAAGAGGUAACAAACAUUUUUACGGUACCUGAGGGCUGAGCCAGGCAUUAGGUAGCAGACAUUUGUGGAGCGAGGAGGUUGUGCUUUGUGGGGCAGACGAGGGGGGAGUAAGGGAUAUUUAGUAAGGGAAGAGGACAUCAUGGAGGCUAUAAACAUACGCAUGGAGCAAAGCAGAUAAAGAGGCAUUUUGUACCUCCCUUGUGUAAUGGUAGAACCAACCGAGGUCCUCACCCAAUGAAGCCGAAUAGUGAGAGCUUCAGGAAAGGUGACAGGCAAGGCAUCCUCACACAGCACAUAGUUCAGGUAUGGAAUUUGGUUCCACAAGAUGGGCAGCUAUCUUGGUUGGCAUUAAAUGCAAGCUAGACAAAUUCAUGGGGAACAAGGCUACCAACACCUGUGGGCUACCUCCAGUGGGAGGUCCUGAGUACCAGGUGCCAGGGAUCAUAAGCUGGAACUUGUGUCUUACUUGUGAGCUUCCCAUUGCGGCAUCUGGCUGGCUUCUGGAAUAAGAGUGUAAGAAGAGCCGUGGAAAACGUUUGCAGAAUACUUAAAAAUGCAGUGUAAAAAAGUUAGAACGCAAAUAGGAUUUGAGUAAGAAGAGCAGUGGGGGCGAACUUUUUGUUUUUAUUGUGAGAUAAGGUGAAGGUAUAGAGUAACUAUAAUAUGCAACAGAAAUUGAAAUUUUGAGGGAACCAUGGAGGAAGGGAGGGGAAGUCAUAGGUAGAAUGAUUGAUUACUAAAUUUGAAAUGUUGUUGGAUUGUUUAAAAAUUAUAAUAAAAUAAAAUGCAAGAAGAGCCCUGCUGGAUCAGGCCCAAGUCCCUUCUGGUCCAGCCUCCUCUUCUCAUGGUGACCAACCAGGUGCCCCCAGGGGAAGCCCACAAACAGGAACAGAGCUCAACCGCAGCUCUCUCAGACUCAAAAUAUUGCCUUUAAUGUGAUUUGUUUUCUUUGUAGCGCCUGGAGCUGGUGGCCACCAUUCACGUACGUGGCUGCAUCCAUGCGGUCGGCUUGUGGCUUAAAGACAAUUUUGAAGCCACUUUUGGAAUUGUUUGCUCUCUGCUGUUUCCACAGGUAUGUAAACAAUGUGUUGCUCCUGGAUGGUAUUCAGAGGUGUGUGUUUUCCCCCAAAACAGAGGUGAAGACAUUACUUCUUUACUAUAGAUCACCAUGAAACUACAUUCCAAAUACUUUUUUUAGAGACAAAAUUCUGCAUUAAUUAAGCCAGAUGGUUGGGGUAUUGAUAAAAUUAUUAUUAUUAUUAUUAUUAUUAUUAUUAUUAUUAUUAUUAUUUCCCAAAAAUCAGCAUCCACAUCUAACUUAAUUGACCCAUAUGACAAUGCAGGACAACCACUUCUGAUUUUAUUUUAUUUUUAAAAAUCAUUAUAACUAUAUCUAAUCUCUCAGCCCCUCACCAAAUUAUUCAGUAUGGCUAUUUCCAUUAACUGACAGCCCCUGGUUUCUUCCUCUGGAAUUCUGAUCCUUACCUCGUUUUUUCAGAGACUCCAGAUAGCAACAUGGAAAAAUUGCCAAAGUUUGCUUCUGUGUUUUUUCAACUUGAUUUGUGGCACUGAAAAUGGGUUGCAAUAAACCCCAAUUACACUCUAAUCUAUCCAGAGUGGGUAGGCAAAGCACAGCUGAGGUUUUGCAGGUCUCCUGUACCUUUAAUCAAAGGCUUCCUGCUGUUGCUUUCUGUUUCAUUGCUCAUGGACAUCAAGUUUCCUAGAUUCUAACCUUCAUAUCUAGUAAAACCUCUUUUAAAGGCAUAUUCAGAUACAUAAUUGAUCAGUGCAGAUAAUUUAUCAUACGUCUGGUUCAUAUAUCAUAAAAUUAUUCAGACAUGUACCCAAAAAUGCUCUUGUUACUGUUUAACAGCCACUUAUGAUUAAUUCUUCAUUUGUAACAGCCAUGGCAUAUUUCAUUAGCUUUCAGUUGUGUUUCCAAUCUGUUACACAUCAGAAAACUGCUCUGUCUCUUCAUCUCUAGGAAACUAACAUAAGGGAAGUCAUAAUACUGCUUUAUUCUGCCUUGGGAAAUCCUGUAUGUGGUUGGAGCCCUACAGCCUUUUUUAAUGUGUCCAGAGACUCUUUCCAGUCAGCUAGUGCCAUGACCUUGGUAUCCAACAGGGACUGGGACACGAGAGUCAGAGGCUGCAGGCUCUUCACACUGAUGAAGAAUGAUGAUGCUGGUGACAAGCAGGCACAUCAUGUGUGUUGUUAACUAUCCUAAAGAGCCAGUUGUGGCAUAGUGGUUAGAGUGUCAGAAUAGAACCUGGGAGACCAGGGUUCAAAUCUGCUUGGCCAUGAAGCUCACCGGAUGACCUUGAGCUAGCCACUGUCUCUCAGCCUGAUCUACCUCACAGGGUUGUUAUGAGGAUAAAAUUGAGAGGAGGGAAGUGUGUGCGCCAUCUUGGGCUCCUUGAAGGGAAAAGUGGGGUAUAAGUGUGCCGAAUAAAUAUUAAGCCAGUUGAGCAGAGGUUUGUAUUGUGUUGCAAAUACUCCGUGAGUUUGUUGAGCAGCUUUCUCCAACCUCUUCAGUUGUCUUGGAUGGGAACUCUCAUCAGUCCAUGCUGAGUAGAUCUGAUGGGAGAUGCAGCCUAAUCUGGAGGGCACCAUCUUGUGGAAGGCUGUUUUUGAGCAUCUACAAUUGUGAAUUCAUUGGAUGCCACCCUUCCAAGGGCUCAGUCUUCAGGUAGUCUGGUUGGAGACUUAGGCUGAAUAGCCAGAGUCAACCUCAUGCUAACAGAGCCAAAAGCAGGUUCAUGUUCUAGCAGGAGAGAAGAUUCAGAAGCUCACAUCAGGGGAUGCACAAUCCAAGCCAGGAUCCAAGGCAGAUCGUUGGAUGAGAAGGGAGUGGAAGCCUAGGCUGUUUCCACAUGCGAAAGUUGAAGAGCAAGCAUGGGGAGUGGUCUCCAUUUAUACGCCGCUUGAUGACUAAAAACAACCACAACCACAAAGCAGUUUACAAAAAACAAUAAAAUUAUCAAUAAGAAAAAUUAACAAUAAUUUAUAAUUUUCAAAAAGUUAAAAUUACUGACUAACACUCGCAUGAACUUCCUAAGCUUCUGGGUAGGCUUGUCUAAACAAAAAUGUUUUUGGUAGUACAGUGAAGUGCCUGGCUGACAUAAUCAGGAAGGGAGUUCUUACAAAUUGACACCAGGAACAGAGCCAGUUCUGCUGAUCAAAGCAGUGAAUGGGUGCAUAUGAAGUAAGGCGAUCUUGCAGGUAAACUGGUCCCAAGUUGUUAAAGGCUUUAUUCUAAUAGUAAUGACCUGAACUUGGCCCGGUAGCAAAUCAGAAACCAGCCGAGAUUUCUGAGCACAGUUGUUCUAUGCUGACAAGUCCUCACUCCUGCCAGUAAUUAUUAUUAUUAUUAUUAUUUAUUAUUAUUAUUAUUAUUUAUAUUCCGCCCAUCUGGCUGGGUUUCCCCAGCCACUCUGGGCGGCUUCCUAUUAAACAUUAAACAUUAACCUAUUAAACAUUAAAAGCUUCCCUAAACAGGGCUGCAAUCAUGCUGCAGCAUUUUGCACUAACUGCAACUUCCGAACCAAGCACAAGGGAAGCCCCACAGAGUGCAUUGCAGUAAUCCAAGCUUGAAGUAACCAGUGAACUACUGUGGCCAGGUUUUCCAGUCCAGGAAUGGCCAUAGCUGUCAAACCAGUUGCAGUUGGUAAAAGGCGCAGCUGGGUGCACCAGGAUUGGUGCUUGCAGGUUGGCUGACUAGAGUGCUGAGGGAAGCCAGGGCUCCAGCCUAGCUGGGGAACUCCAAGCUCUGAGCAGUUCAGGAACAGAGCCAUGGACUGCACUGGCGUUGAGCUCUGGUUUGAAAUGGAAGCUGGCAUUUUUCUGGAAGCUAAUCAGUGAGGCCACUCCCUGGCCGCAUUGGAUAGCAUAACCUAGUUGGUGGAGUGCAGGGCAGUCCACACAAGCCCCUUCAUCACUACUUUUUGAAUAAUUUCUAUCCCACUCUUCAGCCAGAAAGAGUCUCCACGACAGGGUACGGAUGCCAGUGCUGGACAGUCCCUGCUUGGACUUCCACGAAAGGAAAAGGGACUGUGAGAGCAGAGGGGAAAAGAAAACCCAGGCACUGAUUCAUAGUAACAGAAUUCUUUCAAAGACCAGCUGGAGCAGAAAGGUUUCAAUGAGAAGAGGAGUGGGGGGUCUUUCGGCCCCUGCGGGGCUGCCCUCUCCCUUUGCAAUGGCUGCUGUGAUCAAGCAGGGGAAUGCCAUCCUCCUCCCACUCACUGCUUCUGUUCCCUUUAACGUAAGCAGGUGAAAUGUCUCUCUUCCUCAAAGCACACAAAGUCCUCUCCAGCCAUAGCAACCCCCCAACCCCCCAGCUGAUUAACAUCCAUUUAUAAUCCUCAAAGAAGACUUUCUGAAAAUCAGGGAAGGUUGCUAAGUGACAGGGAGGCACUUAGCAUAUCAUUUACAAAAACAAAGUGUUUUAAAAGAAGGAAAUGAAUGCUCUUUAGCACCCCAUAAAACCGAAAACUGUCCAUUGCUUCAAUAAACACAUUAUUCACACUAAGCAAAAAAAUUGUUAGUGAUGGUUUUGCCAAGAUAAACAAACCUGAGCUCUCUUCCUUCAAAUGUCAAUAUAGUUUUGUUAAGUAGAUGAUUCAGAUGCAGUAAUAAUAACUUGCACUGCAUUAGCCAGAAUCUGCAUGGCUUUAGAGAAAAGCAUAUUCUAGAUGCUUUAUUAAUAGUAUAGGACAGUAAAAACAAUUUCUGGCCUUUUGGUCUUCACACAUCACAAGACUCGGUGCACUUUGACUGUAUAACUGUUAACAAAACCAAAAAAAAAGAAGAAAAUGUUUUAAAAGCUUUUCUCUGUGUUCUCUCCAAGUUAUCAAUAUCCAUCCCUAAAAUUAGAGGAAGUGAAGGAGAGUGUUCAUCUUGCUGGGUAACAUUCAUGCAAAUUGGGCAGACUGGGUAGGUGGUUAGGGAGGUGAAAACCAGGGGGACAGUGUCUGUUCCCCACAGCGGUCUGUUGAAUUGCAAGUGUUACUCUACUGGUUGCUCUCAAACUGAUCCCAUCCAUUAUGCUGGCAUCCUUCUUAAUUUUUUGCAAGGGAGAUGGUUCUCUUUUGGUAAGAAUCCACAGCUACAAGCCAGUAUUUGAGCCUUAUGAUGGCCCCUGAAGCUUCCCCAUCGUGGGGGACAGUGUAGGAGAGAGAAGAGAAGAGAAACAGCUUGUCUACGAGUUUCCCCCUAACCUUCUCCAGUCCCUUGAUGCACUUCCCAUGGUGCUACCACCAGUGGGGCAGAGGGAUGAAGGGAAGACAGUUAUAUUUAAAAAAAAAAAAAACCAGCAGCUUGCCUUAUUUUCAGUUUUAUGUCUUCGGUAAUAAUAAUAAUAAAAUAAUAAAAUAAAUUUAUUAUUUUAUUAUUUUAUUAUUAUUAGCCAAGACCGGGCUCAGGGCGGCUAACAACCAAUAAUAAAAACAAGCUGAUUAAAAUACAACUUAAAAAACAAGAUUAAAAUACAACAUUAAAACAUUAAAAUGCAGCCUCUUCACAGGAGGAGAAAGGAAAAAAGAAAGAGGGGUAGGGAAUCAAAUUGGCUCCAAGCCAAAGGCCAGGCGGAACAACUCUCUCUUACAGGCCCUGCGGAAAGAAAUCAGAUCCCACAGGGCCCUGGUCUCAUGAGGCAGAGCGUUCCACCAGGCUGGAGCCAGUGUUGAAAAGGCCCUGGCUCUGGUUGAGGCUAAUCUAGCUUCCUUAGGGCCCGGGACCACUAGGGUGUUGCUGUUUAUGGACCUUAAGGUCCUCCAUGGGGCAUACCAGGAGAGGCGGUCCUGUAGGUAAGAGGGUCCUAGGCUGUGAUGUGCAUAACUGCAUACAGCUUAAAAUACCGGUGGUGAACCUACAGCCAAUGGGCUGGAUUGGGCCCACCAAACCACCUUUUUUCUCACCAUUGUCACCAGUGUUUGACCUGAGACAGCAGUGUGAUGUAUUGCACACCACAGGCAAUAAUGGCUCCCUUGUAUCAUUUUGAUAGAAAGGAUACAGCAGGAUAAAAGUUUAUAAAAUGGUGUCUGGCAUGGAGAAAGUAGACAGAGAGAAGUUAUUUCUCCCUCUCAUAUCACUCAAAUUCAUGAACAUCCAGUGUAGCUGAAUGUUGGAAGAUUUAGGACAAUUGGAAGAUUUGGGACAUAUAAACAAAAGGACUUCUUCAUGCAGCACUUAGUCAAACUAUGAAACUUGCUCCCCAAGGACACAGGGAUGGCCACCAACUUGGAUGGCUUUAAAAGAGGAUAGGAUAAAUUCAGCCACAAUGGCUCUGCUCUGCCUUCACGGUUGGAGACAGCAAUGAUUCCAAAUGCCAGUUGCUGGAACCCGCAGGAGGGGAGAGUGGUCUUCUGCUCAUGUUCUGCUCCCUGGUCUUCCACGGGCAUCUGCUUGGCCCCUGUGAGAACAGGAUGCUGGACUAGAUGGGUCAUUGGCCUGAUCCUGCAGGCUCUUCUGCCCUUAUGGCUAUGUCCUGCAACACACAAGCCCAGUUCACAGCACUACUGCAGUUGUCUCACACAUAUACUUUACAAAAUAGGACCAGAGGAGCACAUGGUACCUUUAAGAGCUCUCAUCUUGACACACCAUUGUUUAUUUUUAACUGGGUAAUGUAAAACCAGAUGCCAUUUUUUUGACUUGAACUGUCACAAAGAAUUCAGUGACUAUCAUAAGAGUGCGUCUCAGCUUCUCCCAGGUGUAAAUGGAUUUGUCAGUGAAAACAUUCACCUGUUAAUUCAUAGUUAAGUGGGUAUGCCUGUCCGCAGUUAAUUGUUCAGCCCAUCUCCUGAUUUCUAUAUGUUCCUUUGCAAUUAACAGAGACAGUGCUGUCUAAUUGAUAGAGCACUUCAUAUAAACUCUUCUCUUCACCCGUUUCAGUUUACAAGGCUGUUUACCAGAUCGAUUAGCACUAAAGAAAGUCAUUAGUAUUGUUUAUACACAACAAAGCCAACACGAAACAGAAAUUGUUCAGCUUAACUUAAUAAAUAUUGCUCUUGUCACUUAGUUCUCUUCAUAUUGACACUAAUCACCAUUGGUAUAAAUCUAAUUUUCAAGAAAGUGACAGUUCAGAAGCUCUGAAGAAACAUCAGUGAGAGCCCUUUAGAAAUCAAAUGUAGCUAAACUCAGCCAUGAGAGUCAAUGGCAUUAAUCUGUCAACAGGCUGUUGCUUGAAAGUAUCCCACCAGCCCAGGGCCAGAUUAAGACUUAAGAAGAGCCUGAGUAGGAAAGCAGAAUUUUCUCGCUGUUCAUGGAGAGCACAUAACAUGCCUCAAGCAGAAACUACAAUUUUGCAUGCACCUGUUUAGACCACACUGUGGGUGUUUCUCCUCUGCUGUGUCAUCUCCACGUAGAUGGGUGGUCACAUUAUAGACACAGUUGUGUUUUAUAGCCAAAUGCUAAUUUAUAGCUGUACUUACAGCACCUGGAGCAAAUUUGUAGUUGGUGUGUGUCCAUCAGUCACAGCUUCAUUCAAUUUAAUUCAAAUUAUUUUAUUCAAUCUAAAGUUAGGCAACUCAAACCCUUGAUAAUUGCUAUGCUAAAAAAACAAAAAACCCAACACUGUUACACGCAGAUACAGUGGUACCUCGGGUUAAGAACUUAAUUCGUUCUGGAGGUCCCUUCUUAACCUGAAACUGUUCUUAACCUGAGGUACCACUUUAGCUAAUGGGGCCUCCCGCUGCCACCACGUGAUUUCUGUUCUCAUCCUGAAGCAAAGUUCUUAACCUGAGGUACUAUUUCUGGGUUAGCGGAGUCUGUAACCUGAGGCGUCUGUAACCCAAGGUACCAUUGUACUUCUGAGCUAGCAAAUUGAGCUUGUAUGCAUUGCACAAAUCUGUCUUCACCAGUGACCAUCCUGUCUGGGAGCCACCUAUGGUAUUAAUCUGAAAACUGACUGUUGCGUGAAAGCAUCUCACCAAGCCAGGGCCAAAUUGAGAAAUAAGAACUUAAGAAGGGCCUGCUGAAUCAGGCCCACCUAGCCCAACAUCCUGUUCUCAAGAGUAGCCAACCAGAUGCCCCAAUGAGAAACCUGCAAGCAGGAUUGGAAGGCAAGAGCUCUCUCUUUCUCCCAACCUGUGGUUUCAAUCAGCUGGUAUUCAGGAACAUUGCUGCCUCCAGCUAUGAAGGCAGAGCAGAGCCAUCAUCGCCAUUAGCCAUCGAGAGCAUUCUCUCCUCCUCCGUGAAUUUGUCUAAUCAUCUUUUAAAGACAUCAAGUUUGGUGGCCAUCACGGCCCUCUGUGGGAGCAAGUUCCAUCAUUUAGCUAUGCACUUCAUGAAGACUUUGUUUUAUCUGCCCUGAAUCUCUAUAAAGACCUUUAGAGGUCCUAAGCACAGAAAAGAUUGUGGUGCCCCACCCCUGUACGUAAUUCAAAAUAAAACCAAUACUAAACAACAACAAAAUUAUUUUUUGAAAUGACAAAGUUUACAUGUGUGCUGAAAUGUAUCUCAUGUGCAACACAUGACAGGAUCCAUUUUUCUUGCAUUAUUUUGUUAAUGUCUCCCUGGUUUAGGUGGAUAUUAGUAAUAAAAGAGGAGCAAAAAUGUGGGAGGAGUGUGGAGUAUAAGAAAAUCAGAUUUUCCCCAUGGUGAUUAUUUCAUACUUAGCCGCUUUAUUUGUAAUAUGUCAAAUUCUUUCACAAUUUUCUCAUUUUUUUGCUUUGCUGGAUCCCUAAGAAUAUGUGUGGUCUGCCUGUUGGGUAAUUCAGCACAGCACCAAACUUACUGAUUCCAAAGACCUACCACACCAGAAAUAAUUUCUUAGGAGAACAGCAAGUAUGCAAAUACCGGUAGAUGUGCUAGCAAUACAAUGUCAUCAUCCAUGGCUCCAAAAUUAUGUUGCAAGUAGAGUUUUCAUGCAGGUGCUUGUUUCUUUAUAUCCCAUCUUUUAAAACAAAGAUCCUGCCAAGGCAACAUACACAGAGUACAACCAACAAUAAUAUCCAGAUUGCUGGUGCUACCCACGGAGGUUUAGAGUUGGAACGGCUUAUAAGUAUAGCAGUAUUUUAUAAGAAUGAGAGGCUGCAGGGAUUGGUUUUAGUUUGGGGUGUGUUUAUUAUGGCAGCAGUGCAACUUAGGGCAAUUUUCAAAGGUUUUUAAGGCAAAAGAAAAGAAAAGAAAACCAGGCAGGGUGAUUUUCCAGGGACAGUUACCAGAAAAUCCCCAACUACCCUUUGCAAGUAGAAAUAGUAGGUGCCUUUUAUGUGAACCUCACUAGGUUGAAAAGCUGAAUGAAGUUGAGCCAAACACAAUUGUCAUCACAGCUGCUCUUCAUCACAGCUGGUGGCAUCAAAAAAACGUCAUUACCUGGAGAUACAGGACAACUUUUAAGAGACUUGAGGGCAGUAUGAUAGACUUACUGAUUUUUUCCCUGGCUAAGAUUGUCCAAUCAGAGGGGCACUGCAGAUUUUUAAAGCACACACAUGCAGACAUGUACACAUCCUGUCUGAUCUCAGAACCAUAAAAUUAUGAGCUAAAAUGUUAUGGGCUAAAAUUAUGAGCACACAUAUAAUGGGUGGCAGUGACUCUUAAACAAUAUAUCUGGGGGAGGGAGAAGAGACGUGUCUGCUGUAUGCCAUAGUUUCAUUGAAUUUGGUUCAAGCUGUUUUCCUGCAAAUAAGCUGUCACUGGAGUGAUCAAGGAGUUAAUGCAAAUCAAGCAACUUCUCUGAUUUUUCCUGAAUGCCUGCUGUUCCUAGUGCACACAGGAUGGUGCUGAUUAAUGCUCUUACAAUCAUUAUUUAUCAUCAGCAUCUGUUUCCUAGCUAACAGCUUCUACCUGAUUAUUUUUUGACGAACAGAACACAUUCUCUGUUAUAGUAUAUUGCUUGCAAUUGCUGCAUUGGGACCGUUAUCAAGGGAGAUAUCAGGUGGAAAGUUAUAAAUAAGCCCACUUUGUGAAUGAAGAAGUUGCGUUUGUCACUAAUGAAUACAUUUUCCUGCUCACAAUAUACCAUAUUGAGCUCUCUCUUGAUCUGAAAUAACAAAGGCCCAGUUUAUAGCUUUUUAGGGUGAUCUGGCAGUUGCUGGAAUCUCAGGCUCUGUCAGUGCUUCUCCAGACGGUUAUCUGCGUUAUGAAUAGCGGCCCACAUAAUAGGAAGCUACCUGUUUUCAGGAGUCUGCAUCCUCCUAUUAUGCUUGGAACGCAGAAACACGAGAAGAGACUGGCUGACGGAUCUGGGCAAAGGUCCAUUUCACGCAGCAUCCUGUGCUCACAUGCUUUUGUGGGGGUGGGGGGAGGAAAAAUGGGGGGGAAUAAAGAUGUGUUUUUGGAAAAUAUGUUUUGUUAUAACUUUGAAUAAAUUUUUUUUUAAAAAAAAAGAACAGUUUCAGGUUAAGAACGGACCUCCGGAACGAAUUAAGUACUUAACCCGAGGUACCACUGUGUGUGUGUGUGUGUGUGUGUGUGUGUGUGUGUGUGUGUUUCCAGUAGCACCUUAAAGGCCAACUAAGUAUAAGAUUUCUAGGUAUGAGCUUUCAUGUGUAUACACACAACUAUAUAUAAUAUAUCCUCCAUGAAUUUGUCUAAUACUUCUUUACUGUCAUAAGUUAGGUGCUGGUACCCAACACUGCCUCAGCUCUUUAUGUUUGGCACAUUAUACACUGAAGCAGAGCUUUUGUUACAUUUUAAAAAAAUAAAUAUUACAUUUAUAUACCACCUUUUCCUCCAGCUGGUCACAUGGUUCUCCUCCCCAUUUUAUCCUCACCCUGUGAAGUGAUCUUCAUGGCUGAGCAAGCCAUAGUCCAGCCCCAAGCAUUACACCACAGACUGCAAUCCUAAGCACACCAGUGAGUAAGCCCUGCUAAACACAAAGAGGUUUACUUCAGAGUAUACAUGCAUAGGGGACGCGGGUGGCGCUGUGGGUUAAACCACAGAACCUAGGACUUGCUGAUCAAAAGGUUGGCGGUUCAAAUCCCCACGACGGGGUGAGCUCCCGUUGCUCAGUCCCAGCUCCUGCCAAACUAGCAGUUCGAAAGGACGUCAAAGUGCAAGUAGAUAAAUAGGUACCGCUCCGGCAGGAAGGUAAACGGCGUUUCCAUGCACUGCUCUGGUUUCACCAGAAGCGGCUUAGUCAUGCUGGCCACAUGACCCAGAAGCUGUACGCCAGCUCCCUCGGCCAGUAAAGCGAGAUGAGCGCCGCAACCCCAGAGUCGGCCAUGACUGGACCUAAUGGCCAGGGGUCCCUUUACCUUUUUAUACAUGCAUAGCAUGAGGGGUAAUCCCCGCCCUGCAUAAUCAGUCACAUGACGCAGUGCAUGCACACCAUUUGAAUGGCAAUGCCCAUCAACUGGGGGGGGGGAGUGACUCCCUCAAAUAUUUUAUUUGGGGAGAGCAAAAACUCCUCGGCCUCUAGGAGUUGGCUCCUAUGCAUAGCAUUGCACUAUUACUCAUUUAGUUUUACCUAAUUUUAAUACUGUAUUUUAAAAUUGUUGCAACUCAACCUGGGAUCACAUGGUGAAGGGUGGGCAGGAUUAUACCUUGUGUAGUUAUUACAGUUAUUCUGACAGUAUACUAUAGUACAGGGAUGGGAAACCUUCUAGACCCCAUGGGCCAGAUAUUUAAUUACCUGCCCCCUGCACCUGGGCCAACUUUGACAGGCGGGCAAGAUUUGAGAGGUGGGCGAGUCCACCUACCUGUCAAAGUUGGCUAGCGGGGGUGAAGGGAGCUAGUGACCGAGCAGGAUUGAACUCCUCAUCGAUCAGCUGAUGGGCGGGUGGGAUCAGUCCAGCCAGAUGCCCACAGCCAAACCAAGCAGAUUUGAACAGCUUUCUGCAGGAAUAGACCAUAUGCACUAGUUCCCCACAGGAGUGACUGUGUGCACAUCUGAAGCAAGCAGAAUUUGUGCUCUCCCUGCUGAUGGGAAGCGAGGGUGUUGAAUUCUGCUGAGUGCAGGGAUCCACUGUGCAUGCAGAACUGUCCAUCAAAGUGAUGUCAGCAGUCCAUUGAUGUGAUGUCAUAGAAAUAAAUCCCAGUGAAGCAAGUAGUUGCAUUCACAUGUACAGUCAUACCUGGGGAUAAAUGUGCUUCAAGUUAAGUAUUUUUGGGUUGCGCUCUACAGAGACCCAGAAGUAAUGGAGCGCAUUACUUCCGGGUUUCGCUGCGCGCGCAUGCGCAAACAGUCAGAAUGACAUCACGCGGAAACGGCGACGUGCAGAUGCGGGUUGCGUUCGCUUCAGUAUGCGAACGGGGCUCCGGAACGGAUCCUGUUCGCAUCCCAAGGUACCACUGUAAUAGUAAACCAUGGUUAAAUACUACGUCUGUUAGCUGUUACAAACCCAAGCAAGUCUUGAGCUUCUACGCCCCUAUUCCUUGGGGAAAGUGUUCAACAGAAGUUAGUUUUGCUUUCAUAGAAUCAGGCUUGUUACUUCAUACAAACCAGAGAUUUUCAUUUAUUACAAGCUGCACUUAGUUGAACAAGCCAGCUUCAUAACCCAAUGGUUUAAAGUUGACGUGUGAGCCAGAAUCCCACCCACCAGGCUCAUUCCAGCUUGUGCUAGUUGCACAAACCCCUAGUUUUACAUUAAAUGCGUUGGGACUUACUGCUGAGUAAAUGCAAGCAGGUUUGUGCCGCACAGCCUUCAUGGUGCUGCCUUUGGACCUCUCACUGCUCAGGGAGCUGGGAUGUGUGCACUACCACGUCAGAGGGACGGUUAACAGACUGAAUCAUAAACUGGGCUGUUCUUGCUAGAGGCUAUAAAGGGAGUUCUUUUUCAAUCUAAUAUUAUAUAUCGGGCUUCUCUAAGUUUUAGAGUGAUUAAGCAAUAUGAGAAAUCUUUUUGAAAACGAGCUUCCACUGUGCAGGAUCCUUAUUUAAAUAAAAUAAACCAAAGACCCCCCAAAAAAUACAUUAUGAAAACCUACAUUCCCACACAUACAUCACAACUAAUAACACUACGCAUCUAUAAAACAUGGUAUUAAGGGAUCUACAAGCUACUGUAAACAAAACUGAUCUCUGGUUUUCUGGAGAAAUUGUGAACAAAAUGAAGAUCCACAAUUCUCCCACAAAGGUAUCUUCCUUUGUUCUUCUUGCCAUUCUUAAUUUGAGAGUCGUUUUUUCUGUAAGGGCAUCACACCACACUCCCUUGUACCAGGCCUUCAAGUUUGUACUUUUAAAGUCCUUAACUGUUCCUCCUCAUCUUGCUUGCCCUCCUCUGCACACGUUCCAGCUUGUCAACAUCCUUCUUAGAUUGUGGUGCCCAGAAUUGGACACAGUAUUCCAGGUGUGGUCUGACCAAGGCAGAAUAGAGUGGGACUAUGACUUCCCUAGGGACACAGGUGGCACUGUGGUCUAAACCACUGAGCCUAGGGCUUGCUGAUCGGAAGGUCGGCGGUUCGAAUCCCCGCGACGGGGUGAGCUCCCAUUGCUCGGUCCCUGCUCCUGCCAACCUAGCAGUUCGAAAGCACAUCAAAAUGCAAGUAGAAAAAUAGGUACCACUCCAGCGGGAAGGUAAACGCUGUUUCCGUGCGCUGCUCUGGUUUCACCAGAAGCAGCUUAGUCAUGCUGGCCACAUGACCUGGAAAAACUGUCUGUGGACAAACAUCGGCUCCCUCGGCCAGUAAAGCAAGAUGAGCUCCACAACCCCAGUCGUUUGUGACUGGACUUAACUGUCAGGGGUCCUUUACCUUUACCUUUAUGACUUCCCUUGACCUGGACAUUCGACUUCUGCUGAUGCAGCCUAGAAUUGCAUUAGCUUUUUUGCAAGGACCGACUAAAGGUACCUCUGCUGCUAAUAAGGUUAGCUUCCAAGAGUGCCCAAAUGGACCCAUUGCCUUUUGCACGUUGGCUGCUGUGCUGGACCAUGGAAGGUAAACACAGGUGUUCUUACUUGCUGUGAACUUUCCCUGCAGGUUCUUCUAUCAAAGCAGCUUUGCUUGGGUUACGCAUACUCACACUGUUGUAUUAGGGAAACCCUGGCUGUACAUAUACAUACCCUGUCAUAAUUGCAUUUUAAAGCACACAUGUUAACAAGUAAUUUUGUCUCCAUAUUUUCUUGCAGGCAGUAGGUUUGGUGAUGGCCUGGUUAUACUGGCAAAAGCUCAACGAGAUUCAUUACAGGCUGGACACUGUGGAUUUCAAGGCACUAGACAUGACUGACUUCGACUUUGCCUCUCUGGACCUCACUGGUGCUGGUUGGUGCUGGUGUUUGCCCCGUGAAGGUGGCUACUUACCAGUCCUUGACAAAGAGGAUGACACAGUAAAUGAUGACAUCUUCCAGAGUAAAGUUUGAUUGUAUUUUGGGACUGUCUGCAAGACCAGCCUUCUGAGAGAGUCUGGUCAAGGCUUAGUGCAUCCGUAGAUGCAGGGUAGCAUUGUGAUUUGUUUCAUUUAGCAAAGCAAGAAGUAGGUAUGACAAAGGGUGCUAUGUCUUUAAAAUCCCACACAGUCUUCAGAAGGGUGUGGUUGGUUGGUGUUAAUGUGGGUUAAGUUGGGUUUGGUGAGUGUCCUGAGAUAGCAUUUUGUAUUAUUUUAUGAUUUGCACACUUUUUUUGUAUGUCUUUUUUGGAAAUAAAAUAUGGUCUUGCCUUUAUCCAA